CCUCGCGCAUGCGCAGACGCUCAGUCCAGUCCCAGCGAUGACGUAGCGAGGGCUGCACCGUUGGGACGCACGCGCAGUGCGCCCAGUCAGGUCUCUUGCGUAGGAUUUAGCUGAAUCCCGCGCCGCUCGCUGCUAGGCCGCACUAGCUCGGUGUGACCGUACGGAGGUGUCUGUAGGCCCGAGACCCUCGAUAGCCUGACUGAGCAGGACCCCCUGACUCCUUCGCUGGCUCUUGUUGUUGUUUAUUUUUAUUUUUUUUGCCGUAGUUGGGGCCCGGUGUUAAACACUCGCCGCCCUCGGUCGGAAGUAGUAGCCGCCGCCGUCGUAGAGUUUUCGAAAUCCUCUCUCUGUAAACUCGCGGCUGGGGUGCCCGUUCCCCUACCGUCCCGUGAGCCGUUACCAUGGUAAAGAAGAACAGUAUCCCGGAAAGGUGAGUAUCAGGGGCUAAGGCCAAGGCCUUCAGCCCGGGGAGGGACUGACUGUACCGUGGGGAAGGUACUUACCGUUUCAAACAGCAAUGGCGCAACGUUGGCCUAACUAGGGUGAGGGUGGCCAAAGCCAGACCCCCAUAUCUCUUGGAGAACUACAGAUCCCAUGAUGCUUUGCCAGCAUUCUAAAUGGAGAUGCGUCACGGGACAUGUAGUGCAUGGAACAUGUGGGGCUUUACUCUGGCCUCCCCUUGCCCUAGGAAGCUGCUGUGCAUUGUCUUAGAGUUAUUUACUAAAGUGCGAAUUAUGGAAUUCAGCAUUCUACAUAAUGAGAUUGAGUGCAUAUAUAGUUCAGUUUGAUAUUUAUUCUAUGAUUGCUAGUUUGGAUAUUUUGAUUAAAGCUUGAAUUCCAUUUCAAUUCACAUUUUAGUGAAUAACUUCCUUUUUUUUUAAAAAUAAAUAAAAUAAAGUAUUUGGUACUGUAGGCGCAGCAGCUUCCUCGCCAAAGUUGUGCUAUUACUGAAGUAAGGAUGACUCAGAUAUACCUAUAACUUUAUUAUAAAAUAAAAACAGACGUGAAGUUUUUGCCUUGAAAUUAAAUAAAAGCUGACAGUGCACCUAUGAUGCAAGCAUAUGGGUGCAUUGUAAAAAUAAAAAAUUAGCUGUGUACAGGCUUGCCGUGUCCGCCAUGUUUUCCUGGAUGUAUGUCAUUAUUUGGCAGUUCUUGACAAGAACGCUGUGCAGCAUGUAAAUGUCAUAUGGUGAAGAAAUCCUAAGGACAAUAGCCAUUUUUUUUUUUUUUUUUUUUAAUGGUAGCUUCCUCGUUCAUCAUUUGAUUGCUACAUGCUGUCCUUCGUGUGUAAAGGUUGUGUCCAUGAAAACAUGGUGGUAUGGGAACCCUAGCUCCAUGCAAAGCUAGCAAAUAUAGAGAUCAAAAGAUUUUAAUUUUUGUUUUGAGGUAAAAGUGUAUUAUUGCGGCACUUAAGUGACGUACUGCAGCUCCAAAAAUUAACAUUGCAAUCCUAAAAAGGGAACAACAAAGUGAGUAUUUUAUAGCGUUUUCUACUUCACGCAUUUCAAGAAGCUUUAAAAAGAAUGUGUUCCAGGUGCGUAUGUACAUGCCAUUAAAUGUGCAGUGCCUUUUAUUGGGCACAUACGCAAUGUUUUGUUUUUGUUUUGCUUUGUGUUUUCUCUUUGCACUUUGAAAAUAUUAUUUAUAAAAAAAAAAAAGGUAACGUAUAGCAUAGUGUAAGACUGAAAUACACUUUUACUUCUUUUAAGUUUAUUUCUGUUUUUAUAAUAGAGGUGUAAACUUAAUAUAACCAGGGGAUUUUGUUUGAAACCACAAGAAAGCAUUCUUUAUCAAUGCAAUUGUUUCUUGUGUCCCAUUCUCGAAAUAUCUUUUAAUCUAUGUGUUUGCUAGCAAUUUGUAUAGAAAAGUUUAAUUUAAAUUUAUGCCCUUACUCCCUUUUAAGGGUGACUGUAAAACCAUUUUAAACAGAAGUUAUCUUGUUUUUCAAUUCUGCAAUUGGCCAAAUACAACAUUUUAUAAUUUACCCCUAUUAUAAUUUAAAACCUGCUUACAAUUGUUUAGAAGCGUUUUAUUCCUAUAUUAACCUAGCAGUUUAAAUUGAAAUUAUAUGAGCAAUUUGAAUCAUUGUUCGUAGAAAAACCUUGUAAUGGUUUAUAUUGGUUACCCUUUAAAGAAGACCAAAUAGGGCAUGUAAACCUUUUAAUAUGUAAGUUAUAGUGACCAGUUUGACCUAAACAUAAGACUUGCAAAGUAGGUUUCUUUAUUUUUGUUUAAAAUAAUAAUUUGAGGUUUGUAUGGGAUCUUUUGAAGUUCAAAAUAUGGCACAAAUGCCUUGCUCAUUUGACCCUUUGAUAAACCUGUCCUAAACUGAGGCAUAUAUGUUCUUGUGUAAUUGUUUGGGCAUUUACUUCAUGGUGGGGGAGGUUGGACUUAAUUACCUCAUACAGGUAGGUAUUAACCACCACAGGUGAGUAUGGCCCAUUAUUUAUGUUCAUUCAGGAAUUUUUGGAAAUUGCAUGACAUUUAUUGUGGUGGUCAAGGUUUUUUUUUUUUUUUUUUUAAGUGUUGUAUAAUAUUCAAUAUUUUGUUACAGUGGGUAUGUUGGUUAUAUGGUAUUUUUAUGCUAGUGUGGGGGUUUAUGAAGUGUGAAUACAGGAGAAACAAAUGCACAAGUACUGUGCUUUCAGAAAUCUUGGGUAAAUAAAAUGCACUUUAGAAGUUGCUCCCAAAAAAAUGGCUUUGAUUUAUUUUCAUAGCCAUUACUGAAUCUGUGAUGAACAUACCUAUAGCAAUUCACAUAUUGUUCUUUAUUAUACUUUGAGAAGUCUUGUCAGUAUGAACAAAACUAGUCUCUUUUCUUUGAAACUCCUUCACCAUUCUCUUCUGAAAAUACCAAUUCUUUCCUGACAGUGCCUUGGCUUAUUGAAUAUUCUGAAUCCCUUUUGACCUGACAUUUAAAGAAACACUUUGUGCACCAUAACAGUUUAACAAGUACAAAGUUGUUAUGGUCCAAGUAGGUCCUUGAUGUCAAAGGGAUUUAACUGUUCACAAACCGAUUAACUCCAAAGCCUCUGCAACAGUACCAGAUUGCUAUGUCUUUCAUCUUACUGACGCUUCCUAAACCUUUUGAUAUGAAGGGUUUCGUAAAAUGAAGAACGGUGUAGAAUGAUCCGGUCUGAAGCACAGACUUUGGGGUUAAUCCGCUCAUGAACAGUUUAAGCCCUAAUGGUUAGCAAGCGCCAAGGACCCCCUGGAACUCUAACUUCAUUUUAGUGAUGUUGUUAUGGUGUCUGAAGUUUUUCUUUAAGUGCUUUAUUGCCAGUUUUGUUUUUGAGAAGCACUCUGAUACAGGGAGAACUAAUAACCCUUUGGAUAUUUUAGGGAACUAAGUACCAGGAAAUAUGUAAUGUAAACGAUACAUUUAAAGGAAGUUCACUUCCCUCACACACUCAUCCUGGGCUAGAACAAAGCGUACCUAGCAUUUAUUUUAAACAGUGUUUUUCCCUGUUCAGUUGUUUUCAUUAAAAAAACAAAUCAUCACACAGACUGCAUGUGUUACCCAGGUGCUGAAACAAUGUGUAGCCAUAAGUGUAAAUCUUGAUCAUGUUGAACUGAUUGCUUAUAUACUGCCCACUAAAGUGUUCUACUACUGAUUAUUCAGUUGCAUGACUUUUUGUUUCUACCCGUAGCCUAUUAGUUGUUUAUAUUAUUGGGUGAGUAUGGGACUGUUGGAUAUUUUUUUUUUUUUUUUUUUUCCCUUCCGUCUAAGUUUGUCAGGCAGGUACUAUAUAUUUUUUUUUUAUUUGCUUGUUUCGUCUUAGUUGUAAAUUCGUGCCCCACAUUCCACAUCUCACUCAUUUGAGCAUUCCGUAUCUACCUUCAUAUGCGCUUUACUUUCCAUAAAUUCCUUCUAACUUUCAAUAUAUUUUGGUGGAUUUUUAUAUAAGAAUGGUUUUCUUGAAGUUAAAAAUGGAAAAGUAAAAUGUUUUAAUGUUGUGCUUUACCCGAGGUAGCAUAUCAUUCACCUGCAAAUUGGCUAAUUUAAAACGGAUUGGGAUGUAUUUAUCAACCAGUGAGUUGGCAUAAUUAUGCUGUAGAUUAAUUAGUUGCAUCUUUCUCUGUAUGUUGAUGUGGUGGCCAGCACUCAACUAUUUCCCCUGAGCGUUCUAGCAAACUGUUUUUCAAUUACUAAAGCUAACCUCCCUUAAGAUUCCUGAAACUUAAUAUACACCUGCUUUGUGCUGCCAUGUUUUGGUGUGAGAAAAUAGUGACUCCAACCCUCUUUACAAAUUUAUUUUUAGCUUUAAUGUUCUUAAUGUAUGCUAAUAAUUUUUUGUCAGUCUCUUUAUUUUUUUUUGUAACUUACCUUGAAUCCAGUGCCCGGCCAAGUUGUCCAGGAACAACGUCUCGCAUUCUCUUACGCUGCAUCAUCCAAUACCUGUCUAUAGGGAAGCAUUGAUUGUUCUUGGGGCACAUGUACAGCAAGUGUCGCUACCCGCCCAUAAGCUUCUUCUGAUAGAGAAGCAUUGAAUACAAUGCUUCUCUCACAGAACCUAUGAACGUUGCACUGCACUUGUGCCGCUGUGUUUUCGCGAGAGGCGCUAUGAGCUGGGUUACAGCUCAACUCACCACAAAAGUCUGUCCACCUCUUACCAAGUCUACUUGUUUUUUUUGUUUUUUUUAAACUUUUUGCAUUAUAAAACAGUGCCUUUCACAAUUCAAUAAAGUGAUCAACGUGCAAUUAAUAUAGUGGUUUACACAGACACAAUAAAUGUAUAAACUUCCCUUCAAGGAUGGACAACCCUGAAGAUUUCCUCAACAUAAUCUUUAACAGUUAUCAAUAUAUACAAAUAGGGGGAUAUCCCGUCAGGGAAGAAAUGGCACAACAUAGUGCAAAACUGUAUGUUUAAAUUAUUUAUAAUUUGUGUCAAAUGGCCACUCACAAUUUGUAAGAGAUAAAAAAAAAAAAAAGGGCCUUCAGUGUGUUGUAUACGAUUGCAGGUCCUGUUUGUAGUCUUGAGCUUUGAAUAUCUGAGUAAGUUGAGACAAGGUGCAAUCCAGUUAUACGGCAACAAAGGUAAAGUGCACAAUGCAAAUUUAUUAACUUACAUUAAAGUUGGUAUAAGUAGAUGUAGAUAUCAGCAUGAAAAAAAUUAAGUCUUACGUGUUUAAUCCCAUUCAGGGACAAAUCAAUAAUUAGUCCAGCAAAUUAUAAAGUGUAUUGUAUUUUGUAAGAAUAAUGUUGAUUUUUCCCGAUAUGGGAUGAAACGUAUAGGACUUACUUUCAUGCUGAUAUCUACAUCUACUUAUACCAACUUUAAUGUAAGUUAAUACAUUUGCAUUGGGCACGUUGCCUUGUAACUGGAUUGCGCCUUGUCUCUCCUUACUCUGAGAUAUUCAAACCUCAAGAUUACUUACAGAACCUGCAUUCGUAUAUAACACAUUGAAGGCCUUUUUAUAUCUUACAAAUUGUGAGUGGCAAUUUGACACAAAUUAUAAAUUAUUUAAACAUACAGUUUAAAUGCAUGUUGUGCCAUUUCUUCCUGACAGGAUAUCCCCUAUUUGCAUAUAUAUUUUUUUUAUACUUUACCAGCUUUCCGAUUUCCACACCUUGAAUUUUACAUUUGUAAUUCUAUGACAUUCUGUAAACCAUGAACUGCGGAGCUGCUUGAAACCCAUAGUUUUUAGAUUCAUCAUUACAGCCUUUGAGAGAAAUACCUUAAAUUCCACAGCACUGAUCAUUUCAUGACAAGUUGCCUUGGCCUGUUUAAAAAGGUUUCAGGCCUCCAUUGCUUUAAUCCUGAAUCCAGCCUUCAAAUAGUAAUAGCAAAGUAUUUAACCAGUAAAGAUACAUUCAGAUUACUCUGGUUUUCAAGUAUGUCCUGGGGAUUUUACCUUAGCCCAACAUCCAGGGGUUGUUACUAUUACCCAAUUUAAUGGUACUCAUUUUAUGUAUCUUGGACGGAUAAAUGGAUUGCAUUGAUUGAUGCGGCAUGUAUAAAUGAUCGUUUACACAUCUCUCUCAGAAUGCUGGUCUUAUAUUUAGUACACAUAGUUGUGUGUGUAUAUACAGAUCUGACAGGGUUCUUAUAAAACCUGAGAAUAUAGUUAAUUUAAUGCAGAUUAAAGUCAAAAUUGGUUGGGUUUUUUGCAUGAGUGUUACAAAAAUAGGAGCCGAUGGAUACAUAGCACCCAAAAAACUGUACAGUGACACACCUCCCUGUCUUGUGUCUUCCUCUGGCAGAGCUGAAUAUAAUGUAAAAAAAUAAAGCAGACAUUGAGGGCUAUAUAUGCAUAAUUUCCAUUAUUGUCUAAACUACUUGACAGUUGUAUUCAAACUAAAGUCACUUUAGGGCAGAAAGUUUACCUGGUCUGUUGAUCUAGACAUCUCUCUAGAUUUUGUUAAAACUACAAAUCUUUAUUAGGAAAAAAAAAGUAGCUGCAGCUAAUGGUAAUUGGAUUUCAAGAACUGGAUAGCUACAUAUUGAUUACUAUAGCUAUAUAGAAUAUUUGAUACGUUUACUGAUUGUUGUGCAAGUACCACCCUCCCCACAUAUAAGUAGGCAAACUGGCAAUGUUUUGCUUCUUACCUGAGGUCUGCAUGGAGCCCAUCUGUCUGCACCUGGAACCUAUCUGCCUCAGAUUGACCCCGGUGGUGCAGGGCACUUCGCUCAUUGAGAGUGAUAUACUGAUUCUCUUAGCCAAUUAGCUGGCCAUACAUUGCAGGUCUUUGCUCUCCUGAACUAAGCCUUGCAAUGUAAGGCCAGCUCAUUAGCUGAAACAGUCCACUCUCAGACAAUGAGUUGCGUGUCCUGGAACCCACCCUAGUGCAAGUAGUCAAAAUGAAUGCUAGCUUCUUGCCUGCGGUAGGUGGUGCAGGGUUUAAGCUGGAACUACAUUACAGGUCUUGGCUUUGGAGAGCUAAAGGUAGCCCCUAGGAAAGGAGCUUCUGGCUGUAUAUACCAGAAGACGAGACAAGGAGUGGAACUGGCUGACCCAAUGUAAAAAUUUAUACCAUUACUAAGCAACAUCACUACUUACAUUAAUUAGGGUGCUAGGGCACUCUUUGGUGUUUUUCGUUAAACGUGCAGCUCCAAAUCGUAGUUUGAUCAGCAAUUUUUUUGCUCUAGUGUUUAUUUCUGCUGUCCCAGGGCAUACUGCAUUGUUGUAACUCAAAUAAAACAUGCAAUAUAUAUUCUAUAUUAUCACUCAUGGCCUGAGACAAGCAACUUCUAAAGAAGUGUAGGCUGGGAGCAUUUAUCCAGAUGAGAUGAAUCCGCCUGAAGACCUGAUGCGGAAAUCGUUGAAGACUUGCAAGUUGUUAAAUCUGUGCUACUCGAACGCUCCUAAAAUGUUGCUCACUGAGUGCUAUCUAGGAUUGUGUUUAAACAUGUUUAUAGAUUUGGAGAGAGACACUUUGUGUGAAUCCACUGGAAUCUGAGUCUGCAUCACAAAUUGUAUUGUUUCUGCAAAUAUUUAUAUUUGGUGUACUCUGAAACAUUUAUAUCACCUCCAUGUUAUUUAAAUAAAAUGCAGGGUACUUAAUGUCCAAACAUUUGUGAUAUCAUUACUUUGAUUUAUGAUGUACAGAUCAACACAUCCUGCAAUAUUUCCUGUUUGCUUCCAUUUUCAUGUGAUAAAUUUGACCAUUUCUAAUACAUUUUUAGCUUGUUGGUAAUCUGGUAGAUGGAGUGCCUGCCACAAGGCAUUGUUUGAAGUUAGAAAAAGUUUAUUGAAUAAUUCUUAAUUGGUUGCAUUGCAAACCCAUCUUUUGCUAAAGUAGGCCUUAACUUUUAUCUCAUGCUUCUUGAUUGUUGAAUAAUCUAAAAGAAAAACAAUUUUUAUACUAGACUAACCCCCGAACCUCGCAAAGCCGAUUUCUCAAUUUUCCCUUUCUUCCCCUGCCGGUCACCAAUACUUGUAACAAGUAUUUUAAUAGGGUGGCAUAAACUCACUGCCAAGUCACUUUUAUGUCACCAUAGCAAAAUUACUCUUUGAAUUUCCCUGACAUUAUGCUUACAAGUUGAUCACCACUAAACACAUUUUGAUUCGCUGCAUGAAAUGUCAGUGUGAAUGAGUUUAAUUUUGUGGAUGAUCGUUUUGAAUAGCGGUGACUCUAAGGAGAAGUGGUUUUUGCCUAUGUUUUAGUUUAUAUAGUGCGACCAUCUUCCACAGCAGUUUAGUUAUAAAGCAACAAGUAUUCAAGAGUUAAACAUUAUCUUCACAGAUAUGUGAGGAAGAACCUCUCCCCCUCUUGUGUGUCUUUACUUGUGUAUAGAUCUAGAUCCUUUGUGUGUAUCUGAUGCAUAAUGGAUGCACUAUUUAUUAUGGUUCUGUAAGUAUGUGACCAAAGAUCGUGUGCUUUAUAAAUGUGUGUAGAAGCCCAAGAAGGCAUUGCUUCACCAUAAAACAUGGUUUUAUGUUCUGUAUCUUCUCUAUUAUAUUUUUGUAGGUUAGUAAAACUUUUUUCGUAAUGUAGGGUUAAUAAUGUAGUUUGUUAAAAUACUGUAAGCACAGGACUAGAGCAGACUCCCAGUGUGGCCAGGGAUUAGUUAUACAAAUGGUGGCAUAUUCUGCUGGAGAAUGUAACUCACUAAUUGUGAGCCAACUAGGGGAGAGAUAGAUAUAGAUAUAUAUAUUCCCCCCUCUCCCCCCUCAUAUUUCUUCUAGAGAUUAGGCCCCCAAGGUAAUCUGGUCCUUGUGUAAAGAGGAACUGUCACUUUGGAAAUUUCAGCACAAGCAAAUAGCGGACUAAUAGUUUAGAUCCAUUAUAUCUGUGUUAUCCAUACAGUGUUUCUUCAUUAAACAAAAAAAAUGCACCAUUAAACCUCCACACCCCAAAUUAUUUAUAAAGAUAAAAUAUGAAGUACAUUGACUGUGUUGGAAUUUUACUGAAAUCCCAACAGAGUCAAAAAAUCUACUCGAACAGCGUAAAGACUUUGUCUUAUUUUUUGUACACUUGACAAAGAGGCUGAGCUACCCUUUUUCAAGCUCCCAGCAGUCACUCUAAUGACAGCUGAGGGGGGAAGGUUGCAUCUAUGGAUAAUCCCAUAGUCUUGUGGGGUCCUCAAUGGACCUCAGUGUUGUACUGAGUACAAUGCUGAUGUGGACUCCUGGCAGAUAAAGUACCAGGAGCUGAAGAACAGCAUGGCAGAAGCCACAAGGAGCAGGCUCAAGAUUUAACUUGCCUUCUGCUGCCGCAACCAGACACCCAGUGGCAAGAUCGCUGUUGUGGAUUUUUCCAAGUUAUGAAAGACCUUGUGUGCUAACAAAGCCUGUGUAAGGCCAAAUAAGUGGUGCAAGAAUCUCCACAAUCACUUCCCAUGUUUUGUGCCAAACUGUUCCGAACCAUAUCUCUGUUUUAUAGGGUUAAUCCCACCUUUCUUCUAUUAAAGGAACACUAUUAUACAAAAGUAAUUCCUGACACACUAGUGCUGGUGUGGCUGUCUAGGUCCGUGGUCUUGCCUCCAUGGCUGAGAUCUUAAAAUUGGAUGAAAGCCAAUCCAGUACUAGUUCCUGUCAAGGCCUUCUCCUAUAGAAGCCUCUGAUUGGACGUGCUCUGAGCCGGAGAUUGAGUGAUCUUUAAAAACUAAACAGGCAAAAGGAGGAAGGGAAGCAAGUUUCCGCUUUAACGUUGAAGCACAGAACGGAUUUUGCCAGAGUGCAGAGCGUUUUGACUAAAGUUUUGCACAGAAUUGUAGUUCGGAAUUCCAGAGCAGAGUUCCUGGGUGUAACUAGCUCUCCGGUACAAUAAUGCAAAUAUCUGUGGUUGUGUAGUAUUUCUAACCGUAACAAUGCACAACCAGAUUUCUUCCUCCUUUACAUUGCAGAAACCCUUUAAGUACAUUUAGGGUUAGAAAUGUGUGGUUUUUUUUUUUUUUUCACUUUGUAGUAUAAUCUUAAACGAUUUGUAAUAAAUCAAAUAUUUUAUACAACAACCCCAUCAUUUGUUGUGUAUGUGAUCUAAAUAUGUUGACUGCUUAAUGUGAGCAAGUCAUUACCUUCCCCCCCCACGUCAUGUCUCCUUGUGUGUGGUGACAUUGCAUUUAAAUAAAAAAUUUUUUCCUGUUUUAGUACUGCUUCUGACAGAGGGAGAUUUUACUUGAACUGUAUCCAACCCCUGCCUUUUAUAGAUAAUUGGAAACUGCUGUUUACUAGAGAUGUCGCAAACCGUCCGCGGCGAACUCCGGUCAGCUGACACAUCCCGGCCAAUCUCCAGCAGACCCUCCUACUUCCUGGACAGCAUCCAUGUUCAACAUGGAUGCUGUCCAGGAAGUAGGAGGGUCUGGGAGGGGGGGUCUGCUGGAGAUUGGCCGGGAUGUGUUAGCUGACCGGGGUUCGCGGCGAGAAGUUCGCGGACGGUUCGCGACAUCUCUACUGUUUACAUGCCUUCUCUCCUUUUAUAGAAUAUUACCCUUAAUAUUGUUUUGAUUAGAAAUAAAAUACAUGGGAAAUGAAAACCAGAAACCAUUUGGCCAGCUCAAUAGGCUUGUUAACUUAUACAGAGCUGUAUUAAAGGGUUGGUCUAAGCACCAUAACCACUUCAGAUAUACUUUUAAAAUACACUUAAGGUCUGAAACUGAAAACCAAAAUUUAAAGAAACAAUCCAAGCACCAUAACCACUACAGUGCACAAUCAGCCAAUGAGCUUAGCCUUUCACUUCCUGGCUUAGCACACACAGAGUGCUUCUGGCUCUUUGGGUGAAAUGGUGGCAUGGAGUGGAUUCCAGUUAUGUCAAAUUGUUUUCCAUCCUGUUUGAUUACUUGGAGGGGCGGGUUGUGCCAGGUCAACCAUUAGUGGUUAUGGUACAUGGUUCAUCUAAAUUUAUCAUGCAACAUGACUCCUCCAUCUGGGUUUAUUAUCAGUCCUUUUAUUUUUAUAAUCUCUGCCAUUGUCUGUCGUUUAACAUAGUGUGUAGGAAUUAAUAUUUUGGCUUAUUCUCGGUGUGCUUCAUCUGUGCCAGGCCUGAACUGGAUUGUGAUAUCAUAUGCUAAAAUGGAACAACACAUCAAUACUUGGCUUAAGUUAUAGGUAGUUCUCAAUGUUUUAUGCCAUGGUGAAAUAACUGAAAAGUGACAGCUCCCCUUUAAAGAGAUACUAUAAGUGCCAGGAAUACAAAGCUGUAUUCGUGGCACUAUAGCUCCUACUCCUCCCUCACAUGCCCCUACCGAUGUUAAACCCUUUCUUUACUUAUCUUAUCCCAGUAGUGAUAUCCCUCAGAGCUGGUUCAAGGCUUUAACGUUCCGCAACGAGUGGGCACCAAUGUGCAUUAGGCCUCCCCAGGAAAGUGUAGAAUCAGUGCUUUCCUAUGGGGAAAUGGUUGACACUGGAUGUCCUCAUGCAGAGUGUGAGGGCGUCCAGCGUCAGUUACUGGACCAAUAGUCCGUUAGCAGCCUGGAAGCGUCUCCGGAGACUGUCUAGUAGUCAGUGGCUAGUUGUAUAAAAAAAUCAAAUUACAUCAUCCAGUUCAUUCGAUGUACACCAUUCCAAUGAGGACGAUAAACAGAAACAUUAUUGCAAUUCUCUGUUUACCAACCGUGGCUGCCUGUUUUUAUUUCUGAUUUUUAUUUUAUAUUUCAUAAAUGUAUAUUUGUUAAUAUAAGGCAUAAGUAAACAUAUUAAAGGAACACUAUAAGUACCAUAUUAAAGCAAUGCUUUCCUAUGAGGAAAUAGCUGUCACUGGAUGUCAUCAUGCAGAGCGUGAGGACGUCCAACGUUCGUUACCAGGCCAAAAGUCAGUUGAAAGCCACUGGAGGCAGAUUUAGUGCUGCAAGGUUAACAUUGCAGUAUCUCUUGAACUGCAGUUUUUUACAUUGCAGCAAUAAGAGAUAUAGGGAUGCUGUACCCAGACCACUUCAAUGACCUGAAGUGGUCUGGGUGCCUAUAGUGUCCCUUUAAACUGGGUGCAUUAGUCAUUUCUCUUGCACUGUUUGUAUUUUACUGGAAUGGCCAUCUUGAUUUAUUUUUUUUCAACUUCUGGAGUUUACAGUGAGGGGGGAAAAGUUUUUGAUCUGCUGAUUUUGAACAAAGAAAUUAUCAGUCUAUAAGUUUAAUGGUAGGUGUAUUUUAACUGUGAGAGCCAAAAAAACAAAACAAAAAUCAGAAAAAUGCAUGUCAAAGUUAUAAAUUGAUUUGCAUUAAAAAUCAGCAGGAGAUCACAUGCUUUUUCCCCUCAGUUAUUCAGAAACUGCCACGUUCCUUUCUAAGUUAAAUCACAGUUCACCCUCUAAUUUUAGUAAAAUGAAAGUUUUCUCAUACUUGAUACAGCUGGUUUCACUCAGGACUUGGCUAAAUAGUUCAGUUUGCUAAAAAUGUCAGGCUCUGUAUAGCUUGCAAUUUAUGUACCAUUGACCUUGUUGUGGUCUUUGGUCUUCAAGAGACUCAAUUUGUUUUCUCCUUUAUUUUUAACCUUGAUACAAAUCUAAAGAAAAACACAUUGCUAGAUCAACUUACUCAUCAUGAGAAUUGUUAAAGGAACACAAACAUGUAUUCCUGACCCUAUAGUGUUAAAACCACUGUCUAGUCCCCUUUUGCCUCCCUAAAGAUAGUAAAAUCUUACUUGUAUUCAAGUCUGAAGCUGCUGUCUGUGCCUGUGAACUUCCUCUGACGUCAUUAGACGUGGUGGCCUGAUCCACGCACAAUGCUUCCCCACAGGAUUGGCUGAGACUGACAGAGGCAGAGCCAGCACAAUUCAAACACAGCCCUGGCCAAUCAGCAUCUCCUCAUAGAGAUGAAUUGAAUCAAUGAAUCUCUGAGGAAAGUUCAGUGUCUGCAUGCAGAGGGAGGAGACACUGAAUGUUGGAUGCAUUUUAGGCAGGACCCAGGAAGGAUCUCUAACAGCCAUCUGAGGAGUGGCCAGAGAAGUUAUCACUAGGCUGUAAUGUAAACACUGCAUUUUCUCUGAAAAGACCGUGUUUACAGCAAAAAGCCUGAAGGUAAUGAUUCUACUCACCAGAACAAAUUCAAUAAGCUGUAGUUGUUCUGGUGACUAUAGUGUCCCCUUAAUUUAAAGUGAAUUUUAAAUCCAAAUUGGAAGCAUAGCUUACUUGGAGAAUUUUUUCCAAUUUUGCUUUUUGGUACGAUUUUGAAAUUCUUUUAAUUCCUGACCAUUAUCACUCUGGUGAAUAACCCUGAAACUGUCCCAUGUUCAAAAUCUACCAUAUAAAAUUAUGCAAAAAUAUUCAAAUGUGACAGUCGUUUUAAAAUAAUCCUGAUACUCCCUAAUAAACAGGUGGUCCCACUCAUGAUAAAUAGCAGUUUCCAAGACCACCUAACCCAAGGUUUUGAGUGCCAAGCCCAGUAUCAGCUUUUACCUGGAUCUAAUGUGCAAAGAAUCCCUAGUUUUCAUAACAUAGAUCAAAAAAAGUUUGUUUCCCUGCUAUGUCACUACUGGAGGUGUUCUGGAUAAUCCUUCCAUAUUGAAAAUAAAAGAUUGAAAAAUAUACGGUAUAAAUUAAAACAACUUAAUAUAAAGUUAUACAAAAAAACUUCUUAAACCCCUAAGAAUGUUCCCAAUUUCAGAAUGUGACGUAACUCUUUAUGAACACAUAGGCUUUCUGUAAGGCUGGAACAUCUUUCAAAUAUACUUUUUUGCAUUUUCUUGUCUUAUAUCACUAAAAUGUCAAACAGCAGUUGGUCAUUUGUCGUCACCAUUAGUAUUUUGGGAAUCUGUCAUCUUGAAGCAUUAGCCGUUUUAGAGGGUUAGUUGCCAAAUGGGAAAUUCACAGAGGGAUUUUCAGUUUCAGGCCAAAUUUUAAGCAUUCUUUAAAGGGGCACAAAAGUCACCAGAACAACUACAGCUUAUUGUAUUUGUUCUGGUGAGUGUAAUCAUUCCCUUCAGGCUUUUUGCUGUAAACAGUCUUUUUAGAGAAAAUGCAGUGUUUACAUUACAGUCUAGGAAUAUCUCCACUGGCCACUCCUCAAAUGGCUGCUUGAGGUUCUUCAUGGAGCAGUGCUGCAUAGUGAGCAGCACUGCCAUUCAGUGUCUCUACGCUCUGCAUGCAGACAUUAAACUUUCCUCAUAGAGAUGCAUUGAUUCUAUUUAUUACUAUGAGGAGAUGCUGAUUGACCAUGGCUGUGUUUGACUUGUUCUGGCUCUGCCCCUAAUCUGCCUCCUUGACAAUCUCAGCCAGUCCUAAAGGAAUGCAUUGUUAUUGGUUCAGAGAAUAAUUUCUGAUGUCAGCCAAGAAGGCAGAUCAGAGGUAGAUAUUUGCUAUAUUUAUGGGGACCAGGGGGCUACAGGGUUUGUGUUUCUGAUCCUACAGUGCAGGGCUUGACAAAUCCAAGGUCGCCCUGAGGUAAGCGGCUGAUCGAGAUUGUGGCGAGGGAGGGAGCUGUAAUCUCCAUGCCCUGCUGCCUCGGGCGACAUCCAGUGAUGCUGGGAGCCAGAAUAUGACUUAUUUCCUGCCCCGCGUUCUAGGGAGCAGAGCAGAAAUGACAGCAGCCCCACUUGACCCCAGGGAAAGCUAAUUCAUUCCAGCUUUCCCAAAGGUUUUCCCACACCAAGCUGGUGACAACAUGGCUGGCUCCACCUCCAUGGCCGAGAUCAUCAAUCUUCAUGAUCUCAGGCAAUCCAAUGCUUCCCCAUAGAAAAAUAUUGAAACUAUUGCGCAUGCGUGGCAUAAUGCAAUUCUGCAACAAUCCACUCCUCAGAGAUUCAUUAAAUCAAAUGCAUCCAUAUGAGCAUUAAUGUGUGCAGCACUGGCAAGGGAAGCACUUCUAGAGGCCAUCUGAGUGACUUUCACUAGAGGUGUUACCAGACAGCAAUGUAAACCUGCCUUUAACCACAAACAGAAUUGGGAUACGGCUGUAUAAUCUAUAGAAAGAACAUCUAAAGAAAAAACACAAUAGUGUAAUACAGUAUAUACAGUGAAUAGUGCGCUUUUAAAUAGAUGCACUCACAAGAUGAUGGAAAUAGAAGAGUGUUCACAAGGUGCCUCCCCUGAUGGUACGGGGGGCUGGUAAUUCCCCUUGUCAAUGUAGAGCAACCAAUGGAACACGGGACUCCAGGUGAGUAGUAGUAGAAAAACCAGUAAUUUAAUUUUCUUAAAAAGGUGAAAAACACCAUAAGAAUAAAAAUUAAAAGUGCAGCAGUAGGUCCAACGCGUUUCGUUCAAACAAGAACUUUAUCAGGGACCGCACAGUAAAAAAAUCACAAACAAUAUCACAGAUUGUAUAAUAAUACAUGAGGAGCCAACUAGGGGGGAUAUAUAUAUUUAUUUAUUCCCCCCCUCCCCUCAUAUUUCUUCUAGAGAUUAGGCCCCCAAGGUAAUCUGGUCCUUGUGUAAAGAGGAACUGUCACUUUGGUAAUUUCAGCACAAGCAAAUAGCGGACUAAUAGUUAUUAGAUCCAUUAUAUCUGUGUUAUCCAUACAGUGUUUCUUCAGUAAACAAAAAAAUGCACCAUUAAACCUCCACACCCCAAAUUAUUUAUAAAGAUAAAAUAUGAAGUACAUUGACUGUGUUGGAAUUUUACUGAGUCAAAAAAAUCUACUCGAACAGUGUAAAGACUACUUUGUCUUAUUUUUUGUACACUUGACAAAGAGGCUGAGCUACCCCUUUUCAAGCUCCCAGCAGUCACUCUAGUGAGGAUGUAUUAUUUUACAAUCUGUGAUAUUGUUUGUGAUUUUUUUUUUUUGAUUUUUUUUUACCUGGAGUCCCGUGUUCCAUUGGUUGCUCUACAUUGACAAGGGGAAUUACCAGCCCCCCGUACCAUCAGGGGAGGCACCUUGUGAACGCUCUUCUAUUUCCAUCAUCUUGUGAGUGCAUCUAUUUAAAAGCGCACUAUUCACUGUAUAUACUGUAUUACACAAUUGUUUUUUCUUUAUAUGUUCAUUCUAUAGAUUAUACAGCCGUAUCCCAAUUCUGUUUGUGGUUCUAUGCAUAUGUAAAGAUCGUUUGUUGUGGACAACGAUCCUGGGAGGCUGCAUAUUGAUUAAAGCUAAGUAAUUCACAUGAUUAGAACACUGAGUUUAUGGUGUUUGUUUGUUAAACCUGCCUUUAGUCUGAAAAGUCAGUGUUCAAAUUGAAAAGCAUACAGGGACAAUAUAUAGACUCCAGAAUAACUACAUUAAGCUGCAGUGGUUCUAGUGGCUAGAGUGUCCCUUUAAGAAUUGUAUUUUUGAUGUUGGAAAAUCUGGCUCCUAACUUUUUAGCUAGCUCUUAGAUUUCAAGCAAAUUUGUUAAGCCCUGCUAUAGUCUUCCUUUAAGUUAGCUUUUCUUUUCCAACUCCCAACACUAUUUUGGCCUUGGAUUCAAAUUUCCCUUGUGAAUUCUCCAUCAUUAAUGAUUUAAUGAAUUACCCUGUCGUUAUUAUUAACCAAAAUAUAAGUUGUAGUGUUCGUGUGUGACUACUUGUUACUAGAGAGAAAACAUAGAUUUGCGGGAUUCCAUGCCCUAGUGAACUCGUCUAUGUACCUGCUUUCCAGCACAUGCUUGCUACUGUUUUUCCCAAAAUAGGACAUUCCCCGAAAAUAAGCCCUAAUGCAUUUUUUUGGGGAAAGACCGUAUCUACUUCGAUAGAUUCUCAUGGUUUUUCUACUAGUCUUGCACAUACCAACCAACUGCGGUGUCUGUGAAUCGGGAUGCUGGUGGGAGGGUGGGUCCAUCCAAUGUAUUGGGAGGUUUGCCGGGCUUAGCCACGCUUGGCCAUUGAGGGCAGAGAGCAUUGUUUCAGUGCAUCUCUGCAGGGUCCUAGUGCCUUUUUAGGGUCAGUUCCCUGAUGUCCCCAAAACGGAACAGAGGGACAGGACCAGAAAAUCGUGGCUGUCCCACUUUGGGAUAGUUGGGAAGCUGGCUUUUAUAUUUGAUCAUACAGAGUUGACAUCCAAUGUUAUUGUUAAAGGAAAAUGGUUUUAUUUUUUUAAUUACUGGAUAUAUUAACUAGUGCUGGACAUAUUCGAAAUAUGCCCUGCGCUGGGUUUACACAGUGAUUAAAAACACAAUGUUUUUACUAAAGGGCACUUAAAAACGCCUUCAAUCCCGGGGCAAGGGCAGACAUAUUUACAUAUGUGUCCGUUACAAAAUGAUAAAGAUUAUAUAAUCCUUGCAUUUUACACAUUACAGAACCUUAAGGCUUCAAAUAGUAAUGUCUUGCCCCACAAGGCACACUAGGGGAAAUGUCCAUGCUACGAUUGAUAUUAAAAUACCUAUUUAUUAAAGAGUGACCUAGUUAUAGCACACCUAUGUGUACGGAGUAUCAGCAACAGUAGAGUUCUCAGGUGUUUAAAUACUUGGUCACAUUUUGAGCAACAGGUGCUUUGAAUGUAAAUGAAUGUAAACGUGUGUCUGUAUGUGUGUACAUGUUUUACAAAUUAAAAAAAACCUACUCCUGCGAGCAUGCAGUAAAACGAUUUGCCUGUCGGCAGUAUUCACAUCAAUCAGGGAGCUAUGAGCAAGCAAUACCAAUGCUCAAACCCAGAUGUGCUGAGUUGGAGCUGAUCUCAUAGCCAGAAGCAUAUUUUGUCCACAAGCUAAUAUUUCCUUUCAUUUUUUUUCUCUUUCUGUAUCUGUCCACCGGCUGUUUCCAAGUUAUGUCAUGAUUUAUUUAUAUUCAGGCAGUUAUAAACGCUGUAAUCGCAUGAAAUUGCAAUGCUCUUGUCUGAAGUUUUGUUACGUCAAAAAGUAGUUUAUUUCUCUAUGAAGGCUCCCUCCUUAGCGAUUUUUAUUACUACAAUCACCGUGGAAAAUAAACUUUCACUACUUCUAAUCCCUUUAGAUUUUGUCAUGCACACCUAUUGUAGGAUAAUCUACGUCUUCCUCUCUUUACAUGGAAUAUAUUCACCUUGUUUAACAGUUUAUUCUCUUUAGUUUAGUUUAACACGUUAUUUAACGAGGAUUCAUGGUUUUGAUGUGAGGGGGCAGGUGGUAGAUUUGAAGAGCGUUGAAAAAUCAUGAAUUGACUUUUUGUGAAAAAUAAGUGUGGAUGUUUGUUUCAACCAUGUUUUAUUUUAAGCAAAUGCUUGCAGACUCUUAAAGGAUACACCUCUUUCUGUUGAAAUAAUUAUGCACUAUUAAUGUCUGUUAAAAAAAAAAAAAAAAAUUAUAAAAAAUAAAGCGAUGCAAUAAAGAUAAUUUCCUGUGUAUAUUUGUGACCCUACAUCUGUAAUGCCAUCUUAUGUGCUUAGUGGUGUACUGUACUUUUUAAAUUUUCCUAGCCAUACAUCAGUCAAUGCAAUGUCCAAACAAUGGGUUUACAUAGACAUAAACGCUAUUGCUGAGGAUUCAUUUCAUGUUUUUGAGAAAAAUCCUAAAACCCUGACAUGCCUGAGAGUAUCUUAGAGGGUUACCAAACCAGUAAAGUGAACAGGGCACAAAAUUGAUGUAUAAUUGUGGAUUAUAACUAAUUUAAUCCGUAAGUAAGGUGCACACCAUUCAAAUGUGUAUACACUUCAAAAAACACACACAGACCCAAUGGUCUGGGAUGGUUAUCACUGUAGAAAUUAAAAAUAUAAUUGAAUAAUAUCCCCCUUUAGUAUCACACUCUCGUUUCUAUGAGCCUGUUAGAAUAACUGACUCAGGUAAUACAGCAUAGGUGUGACCGUUGUAGUUCCGGACAGGAUAGAUAGCUUUAUCCUCAGAAGCAGGAGAAGGCAACACAAGUUAAAUGGAUUCUCUAUUUCCUGGAACUGGAAAAUCCUACAGUGCCCCCAAUCCCUCGUCGCUAAAGGGGUUAAAACCCCUUCUGUCACUCAAAUGAAUCCAGCGGCGAUGUCCCUCGGUGCUGGGUCAGGCUCCGCCCACAGUUACCCCGCCAUCAGCUGGCAGGGGAGACCACAUGCAUGGCAAUGGCAUUAGGAUUUCCCCAUAGGACAGCAUUAUUCAGUGCUUUCCUAUGGGGAUUCCAGUGACACUGGAAGUCCUCAUUCAUAGCGUGAGGACGUCCAGCGUUAUUUAAAAGACUAAUAGUUGUCCUAAGCACCAUGAAGUCCCUCUACUGGCUGUCUUGUAGACUGUCGGGUUAAGUGACAUGGGACAUUGCAGCCAGACUACUUCAAUGAGCUGAAGUGGUCUUAGUGUCUACAGUGUCCCUUUAAGGUAAGAAGUAACAUUUAUUAUAAAACCAAUAUAAAUAUCUUGCAUUCAAGUUACUGCAGUGCAACAGUUCAUAGGUCCAUAAUAACAAAAUACAGCACAACGCAUUUUAACUUUCGUUGCGUACAAAGUCCCAUAUUACAUUUCUAGUUUUAGAAAUCCUAUUUGGCGACAAAUCGAGUGCCUAAACAUGCCCCUAUUUGAGUGAUCCCUAUUGCCCCCUUCGUCGCUGCCAUCUUGGUACUCACGAGGGUGCGAUGCGUACGUUCAGGGGCUAUCUUUGCUUCAUUUUUGCAUUACACUGCUGCCACCAUCAUGCGGCUUUGAGGGGAUAUCAUUAAUCAUGAUCACCUGUGGUCGCUAUACUACCCUGUGAGAAGAUCUUUGCCUUUUCAUUUCUGCAGUGAUAACCAUCCAAGACCAUUGGGUCUGUGUGGUUUUUUUUUUUUUCGGUUUUUUUUUUCUUCUCUUCUCGUGUCACGUGUGUAAACACAUUUGAGAGGUGUGCGUUACUGCACUUAUGAAUUAAUCCACAAUUCUAGAUCCAUUUUGUACGCUGUUCACUUUGCUGUGCUUUUAAUUGGUGGAAUUACCGUGAUGGGUUCCACAGUGAUAACUAGCUGCACUUUGGCACCAUUGCACUUUUUAAAGCGCCACUUAUAUUGCAAUUUGUUGUUUUUUUGUAUUCUGAUAUUAGAGGGUUACUCAAAAAAAAAACAGAAAACCCAGAAAUGAAAGAAUAUAGCUAAAAGUUAGUUCUGUUCCAGCACCAAGUUCUCCCCACAGCCAGAUUGUCGUCCCCUGCCACCACUCCCCUUGCUUAAGAGGGGCAGAUGUCAGGAAAGGCGGGUUGUUGUUACUAAUGCCAUUAACAUAGCGCCAACUUAUUCUGCAGCGCUUUGCAAUAUUAUAAAAAGGGAAAUUAAUAAAUGACACAAUUACAAGAUGUUAGAGGAUUUAGGGGAGGAUAUGGGCUGCACAUCCUGUGGGGGGUACUGCCCUUAGCUGUUUGGUGCCAGCAUACUCUGCUUACUGGAGUCAGACUGCCAAAUAUAGACUAAAUUAACAUUAAGAGAGUUCCAGGCUGGUUAAGGACGCGCCAAUGACGCUGCUGGAGGUGGAAUUACAGCUCCUGUAACAGAGGGGUUAAACUCUGUUCAGCGUUUCGUAAAGAAACAUAGACACCACACGUCAUGGCCAUUUCAAAUCACUAAAGUGGUCAUGGUCCUUGGAAUAACCCCUUGAACCAAUGGAAAAAAACAUCUAAACUGCAUUGUGAUCAGAUGCUUUUUACUCUAAUCCAAGCAUGUCAAACUCGCAGCCAUCAAUGGACAUUUUUGCUGCCUGGCCAGCCACAAGUACAUGCUUGGUGUUAAAGCAGAGUAGGCACCUGCUUUCUCAUUGCAGGUGCCUACUCUGCUAAAAUUUACCUGACCGGUGAGGAAGCAGGACACUUGCGGCAGCGAGGGAGCUCAGUCUUCCCUCGCGCGCACAGUCUGUAGUGAUGCCGGCUGCUGGAAUGUCAUAUUCUGGCAUCACUAAACGGCGCGCAAGGGAGCAGUGAGCAGCAGGAUGGAGUUCUUCAGAUAGAAGAUCCCCACUGGACCCCAGGGAAUGAUGUGUGUGUGUGUGUGUGUGUGUGUGUGUGUGUCUGUCUGUCUGUAUGUGUUGUCAGCUAUGACCGCAGCUGGACAGUGGAAUACCUGGAGGUGCACAGAGGCACGCCAUGUCACAUUCCGGCGUGACGUCAAUGUGCUCCACCUUCACAGGGUUUCAAGAAGUAGCGGGAGGAUCCUCUUUGGCACAGGAUGUGGACGGCGCCAUUUGGGGUAUACCAGAGGCCGGUUUCCGGAGUCGCAUACUGGCAGCGGCAAUAUGAGUGGAGUCUGCUUGUUGGCUAGAGAGGGUUUCUGGGAUUUAUUAAAUGGGGGUGACUGGGAUUUAGAAGAGGGGGAUGCAGUAGUUUAGAAGAGGGGGAUUUUUUUAUUUUUUUUUUAACUGUACUUUUCAGAAUAAACCUAAGUUUCUUUGAAAAUGUAAGGUGGUUUUUUGUUUUUCGGCCCACAUAAAAUUCAACCUUGUUAUUUGGCCUGUGCUAGACUUUGUUUGACAUGCUUGCUCUAAUGCAGGGCUAGGCAACCUUUGGCACUCCAGAUGUUUUGGACUACAUCUCCCAAAAUGCUCUUACAGCCAUAAUGCUGGCAAAGCAUCAUGGGAGGUGUAGUCCAAAACAUCUGCAGUGCUGAAGGUUGCCUAUCCCUGCUCUAAUGUAUAUGUCAAUACAGAAAUAAAUGGAGAAGCAACACUAAACAUAAAGGGAUACUGUAGUGUUAGGAAUACAAAGUUGCAUUCCUAAUACUACAGUGCCCUCACGGCCCACCUCUGGCUCAUAAAGGGUUUAAAAGAUGUUUUUAAAUUAUUUAUUUACACACCCGAUCCCAGUGCUGAUGUUUCACAGUGCUCGGACUCCUCAGAAAGUAGGCCUAAUCCGCAUGAACAGCAAGCGCAUUCGGCCCUCCCCAUAGGAAAGCAUUGACUCAAUGCUUCCUAUGGAAGCUGACGCUAGAUGUCCUCAUGCAGAGCAAGAGGACGACCAGCAUUAUUUAGGGGACUCAGUGAGGGAAUCUCCCAGAAGGGCCACUGGAGGCUGUCUUUGUAUUGUAAUGUCAACAUCGAUGUUUCUCUCUAAAAAUAGAAAAGAUUUACAUUGCAGGACUGAGGGGGACGGGGACACUGCAUCCAGACCAUUUCAAAGAGCUGAAGUGGCCUAUGCACCUAUAGUGUCCCUUUAAACAAAAUAAGAGUUUAUUCCAUUAGAAUGUAAGAUUUACCUGGCGGCAUUUUAACCUGAAAAGGUUCUUUCUAACGUGAGGCUUACGACAUUGUCAGGUCCAUCCUGCUUUCUGAUAACUCCUGCCCGGGUAAGGUUGGUGUUUUAUCCCCAUUAAUAUGUGCUGCUAUUAAAGGGAUGUCAUAAAACCUGGGAUGCAGCAGCCAUCAACCGUUUCACCAGUGUUCCAGCUUUUCCUCACUUUUUUCCACUGUACCUGUCAUAGGUAGCUGUCCGCAAUAUCCGAAUCUUGGUAUUUCUAUUAAAAAAAACAAAAAACACCAAUCAUUACACCACAUGACGUAAAGCGGCACUGAAGUGUAAAACUCCAAUUUUCUUUAUAGCAAAUUAAUUCUGCUGUGAAAAACUGUUCAUUUAGAUACAUUUUCUCUUGCUAUUUGUAUAAAGGAAUGUUUGUUAGUGUAAAAGCAGUCACCUUUAUACUAACAUACUGUGGCAGCUAUAGUCAGUGAGUUCACAGAAUAGGCUAUGUUGGGGGAAGCUUGGAGGAACAACCACCACAAUACACAAAUCUUGUCAGCAACUCUGAGAUACUUGGCAUCCAGUUCAAACUUAAAGUGACAGUGUAGGCACUAUAACUGCUUUAUCUCUUUGACGUCUUUCCAUCCUUUGGCGCAGUCUUUCCAUUCAGUGGUAAGCUAAAUUUUAAUGCUAAACAGUCUCCAGCAGCCCAUUCCCUCUGUACUUCUUGGACUAGCGAGGAAGCAUUAGCCAGAGCAAAAAAUAGCUUAACAUUGCCAAGGAAAUCGGGCGCCAUAACCAAUCUAAUGAGAUGGAAUAGUCAUAGCGCCUACAGUAUCCCUUUAACAGUAAAGCAUGCACAACCAACAGACACAUGGUGAUGCAGAGGCCCACAUUUUACAUCACUUCAUCUCCCCGCUCAUAACCCCUCUGCUGGCAGCCGUGCCGGAUUUACUGUUAUGUUUAAACUGACUGAGUCCCUGGUAGGUUGGAGGGGUAAAGACAAAAUUAAGGUUUUAGCACUAGCUUAACACCAUGGGAACUGCAUUUCACCUGCUAAGCCUUAUAUAUAAAGAUGUUUGAGAACUACAAUUCCCAUAAUGCUCAGCCAUGCCAGCUUGGCUAAGCAUUAGGAAUGGUUAGUGUUACAUAGCUGAAAAGAGACUUGCGUCCAUAAAGUUCAACUUUCCUCACAUGCUGUUGAUCCAAAAGAAGGCAAAAAACCUAGUCUGAAGCGCUUCCAAUUUUGCAACAAACUAAUAAAAAAUUCCUUCUUGACCCCAAAAUAGCAGUCAGAUAUCUCCUUGGAUCAAGCAGCUACUACUCCACUAAUUAGAAAUGAUAUCCCUGUAUGUUAUGUUUUUACAAGUAUUUAUCCAAUUGCAGUAUAAACAUCUGUAUGGACUCUGAUAAAACGACCUCUUCAGGCAGCGAAUUCCAUAUCCUUAUUGCUCUUACUGUAAAAAAAAAAAAAAAAAAACCUUUACUUUGCCUUAGAUGAAAUCUCCUUUCUUCCAUCCUAAAUGUAUGACCUCGUGUCCUAUGUAUAGCCCUGUUUAUGAAUAGAUUUCCAGAUAAUGGUUUGUACUGGCCCGAAUAUAUUUGUGUAAUGUUAUCAUAUCCCCUCUGAGGCAUUGUUUUUCCAAACCAAAGAGAUUUAAAACUUUUUAACCUUUCUUCAUAACUAAAAUGCUCCAUUCCUUUUAUCAAUUUUGUAGACCGUCUCUGCACUUUUUCUAGUGCCAUUUAGAACAGGUGCCCAAAAUUGCACAGCAUAUUCAAGGUGUGGUCUUACCAGCGAUUUAUAAAGAGGCAAAAUGAUAUUUUCAUCCAGAGAAUUUAUGCUCCUAUUUAAGGCCUUACUGGCCUUAGAAACUGCAGACUGACAUUGCAUAUUGCUGCCUAUUUUGUUGCCUAUAACAAUUCCCAAAUCCUUCUAGUGUGUGGCUAUCCCUAAUUCACUACCAUUUAGGGUAAAAGUUGCCUGUGCAUUCUUGCCCCUGAAGUGCAUAACUAGUGAUGUCCCGAACGGUUUGCCACGGACUCAUCAUUGAGUAAACUUUGACCCUGUACCUCAGUCAGCAGACACAUUCCAGCCAAUCAGCAGCAGACCCUCCCUCCCAGACCGUCCCACCUCCUGGACAGCUCACUAAGAAUGCAGCUUCACAAUGGAUGCUGUCCAGGAGGUGGGAGGGAGGAUCUGCUGCUGAUUGGCUGGAAUGUGUCUGCUGACUGUGAGGUACAUGGUCAAAGUUUACUCAAUGAUGAGUUCGCGGCGAACAGUUCGGGACGUCACUAUGCAUAACUUUGCAUUUCUGUGUUAAAUUUCAUCUGCCAUUUUAGUGCCCAGUCCCCCAAUCUAUCCAAAUCCCUCUGCAGCAAAGAAAUAUCCUGCUCACAUUUUAUUACUUUACAAAGUUUUGUGUCAUCUGCAAACACUGAUACAUGGCUUUCAAUGCCUAUUUCAAGAUCAUUUAUACACAUGUUGAAUAGAAGUGGUCCCAAAACAGAACCCUGAGGGACACCACUUACCACUUUUGUCCAGCCUGAAAAUUUACCAUUAAUUACAACUCGUUGUACUCUAUCAUUAAGCCAAUGUUCUACCCAAGAACAAGAAUACUCAUCUAGACCAAUUUCUUUUAGUUUGAAGACUAACCUAUUGUCAGGAACCGUAUCAAAUACCUUGGCAAAGUCCAAGUAGCUCACAUCCACUGCAACACCUUGAUCUGUACUUCUUACUUCUUCGUAGAAUGCAAUUAGGUUAAUUUGACAUGCUGAUUAUUGCUAAUAACAAAGUUCUUCCCAAUUAAUUCCUGAAAAUUAUCCCUUAAUAGCCCUUCAAAUAUUUUCCCAGUCACAGAAGUUAAGCUCACAGGUUUAUAAUUUCCAGGCAAAGAUUUUGAACCCUUUUUAAAAAUAGGAACGACAUGUGUAACGUCACCAGUACAUUUUGCAAAAGGCCUACCCAAGCUGUCAUUCAUACAGCGUAACAGGGAAUAAUACAUAAAUUCUUAUUUGUGAUAAUUGCGCUUAGUAAUUAUCCAGCUCCUUCUGGCUCAUAUUGCAACACUUACUAUUGUAGCACUUUUGCCCAGAUAUUUGUUACAUAUAGUCACCUUGCUUACUAUGUAUUGCUCACGUGGUUACACAGAUCCGUCACACUUCCCACAUUGUGCUGUCAUAUUGCCCCUUGCCUACUAUUUCUCUCUCCCCACCCCCUCCAGUCCCCAUGCAUGGCAAAUGCAUUGGGCCCUCCCCAUAGGAAAGCAUUGGCUCGCUCUACCUUUCUCUCCUGUGAAUAGGAUUCUCAGAAGCUGCCCGCAGCGCUGGUAAUACAGAUAAUUUUCUGUGUGGAGUGCUCCUCUCCAAAUUAUGCUUCCACUAAUUUUUACUACCUUGGCUUCAGGUGAAGCUGUCCUGUGAGUUGCUAAUUUGCUAGUUUACUAAUGGCAAAUUUUGCAUACAAAGUUUGUUUGCAAGUUUUUACAGAUAAUGUAGGAACUGGAAUUAUCUCUGUAGCAGCCAAGGGUGUAGUCAGUUGGUACUGAGAGAGUCAUGGUUGUUUAUCAAAAUGCUCAAUCAGUUUCGACAAAUGGAAUGUGAAUAUAAAAAGCAGAAGACUUACGUGACACUCCAAGAUCCUGAUGGUACAAGUUUAUUUAAGAGAAAACCACCCCACAAAACAUGCAACGUUUUGGCUCCAAAACGCAAUCGUGUGUGUGUGUGUGUGUAUGUAUCUUAGUCACAUGAUCCACAAAUAACUGUGAAAAGAAGGUAUGACAGCGUACUUAAGACAAUAGUAACAUGUGACAUGGAGAACUCAAAUAGCAAAGUGUGGAAAAUCCUUUAGAUUACAAACGCAUAGAAACAUUCUCUUCAAAAACAUAGACAAAACAAAGCAUGAAUUUUUAUGUUUUAGAAAAAAUUCCUCAGCAGAAAUGAUAUAUACAUCUUUUAGUCAAAAUGAAAAAGGGACUCUAAAACCAUAAACAUUACAUAUUAUUAUACCAAAGUGUGCACACUUAAACAAUGAGGUGAAAAUAUGCGCGACACUUAUGUGAAGGAUCCCCUUAACCCUCACGACCACACAUAACCGUAUACACAAAGAUAUAAGUGGAGCUUCACAGUACCUGGUUUUAACAUGAAUGCACUUGGUUACAAUCUUAACCAGAGAUCUGUAAAUAAUAUACUACACAAAUAUAGUGCAGAUGGUCUGUACAAUUUCAAUAUAUAUAAGGAAGUGAUAAUUCACAACUCACAGGUUUUAGAGCCAAUUGAUCACGUGGCUCUAGUGUAUAAUGCUUCAGGAUCUUUUAAGGGUGAUCCACUACCCCCUUGUGCUUCCUUCUGGUCUCCUCCACCUUCAAAUACUCUAUUAAGAAUGGACAGGAAACUCCAAUAGAAAAAGGAUCCACUUUUAUUGAAGGGGGAAAAAAAGGAAAUAUAUAAAAAUGAUCAAUUUGAUCCAAAAUACUAGUAUAAUAUAAAAUCCAAAAUAAGUCCAAUGUCCAAAACGCGUUUCGCCAUUUACUGGCUUCUUCAGUUGGCUGUGUAGUUUGUAUGGCGUUCUUUCUUUCUUAAAUACCGCCUUCAUUGUAAAUUUGCCGGCAUCCGUGAACCCGGCAGUGACCUCGGUGGAACGCACGUUCCAUUCACAUAUUAAUCACAUGACCCGGAAGUGCCUCCUCCACUCUGAGGUGGAAAUAUUACAGAUAUUCCUAAAGCAUCUGUAUUCAAAUAUAAGAAAUAUAAGCCUAUUAAAACAAUAACAGAAAUUAAAACACAACAAAAUAACUUUCCAUAAAUAUCCACAUCUAUUUCUUUAUACCAAGCCAAUUUAAAGUACCUAGUGCUCUUCUUUCAAAAGUGCUUGUGUAAAACAAUUUAGAUUGUCACAUUCUUAUAUAGUACUCCUAUUGGUGAUAUCUUUGUAAAACAUGGAGGAGGGAAGAGAUAAUUUCUUGAAAAUAUAAAAUAAACUAUAAUAUAUAUAUAAUUUCUGAUUUAAAUUAAAAAAAUUAAAUCAGAAGCUUAAAAACAAGAUUCUCCAAGUUUUAUCCAAUUUAGAUUAAAACAAUGCUGUAUAAGCUAAAAAAUAUAUAAAUAAAAAUCAUGAUAAAAAAUGAAACCGUUCAAAAUCUAAAUUAAGACCAUAAUGUACUAGUGUUAAAAUUAAAAAUAUUUAAUUUCUUCAGUUCCAAUUCUUUUUGAAAAAUCUCCUCCCCUCCAGUUAUUUUUUUUAACUACCUUCAGUGCACAAAAUGUAAGAUCUUUCGGAUUUUGGUUGUGGAAGUUUUUAAAGUGCUGUGAGACGCUGUGUGUGUCUAUUCCUUUUUUAAUAUUUCUGUUCGGAAAUUCUAGUGUGUAAGCAUCUGAUAGUUCUCCCUACAUAUAACAAGUCACGAGGACAUUUUAAUAAAUAAAUUAUAUUUUUGGAGAAACAAGUUAGUUGGUCUCUUAUUUCAAAAUUCUUUUUCGUAAAUUAAGUUGUAUUUUUUUUUUUGCUAUUAGUUUCUCUACAUGCUGUGCACCCUCCACAUCCAAAAAAAACCUUUUGCUCUUGGUCAAAAAAUUAUUAUUAGUAUUUAUUGGGUCUUUAUAAUUGCUGUUCACUAAUAUACUUUUAAUAUUUUUACACCCUCUAUGUAUGAUUUUCGGUUUUGGUGGUGGUAAAUUUUUUUAAAAUGGGGUCAUCUUGUAGAAGGUGCCAGUAUUUAUUAAUGACAUGUCUUACUUUCAUAUUUCCAGCGGAGAAAUUGCAGAUGAACAGGAUUUUCAUAUUUUUGUCCUCCUCUUUUUUUUUUUUUCUUAUAUUUAAGUAACUCUUUUCUUUCCAUUCUCUUAACUUCUUCCAGGCUUGUUUGGAGAUCAUCUUCUUUGUAACCCUUUUCUAUAAACUGUUCUUUGAUUAUAUGAGUCAAAAAUCGCCUUCUUGCGUGCAGUUUCUUUUUAAUCUCAUAAAUUGGAGCAUUCAUAAGCCAUGGAGUGUGGUGGCAGCUUGUGAGGUCUAUAUAUGCGUUGCAAUCUACUUCUUUAAAAUAGUUUUUUGUAUGAAUUUCUCCUUUGUCUAUAAAAAUAGUUAAAUCUAAAAAAUUUAUUUAAUUUUUACUCUGGGUGUAGGUGAGAGUUAUCCCCCAAUCAAUGGAAUUGAGAAAACUUAAAAAAUCAGUCAGACUAGAUUCAUCUCCUUUCCAAAUAAAAAAUGUCAUCAAUGAAACGGCGGUAGGUAACCAAGUCCGCAUGUGCAGCAUGCUGUGCAAUAUAUGUCUCUUCCCAGUACGCCAUAAACAAGUUGGCGUAACUGGGCACGAACUUGGUCCCCAUUGCCGUUCCGUUGAUUUGCAUUAAAAAAAAAAAACUGUCCUUAAACCAAAAAAAUUAUUGGUAAGGAUUAAAAAUAUACCUUUGGUUAUAAAAUCAAUCUGUUCUUGUUUAAAAUCACUUAAGAAAUAUUGCACUGCUUCAAUCCCCUUGUUGUGUGGGAUGACACUAUAAAGUGAGCUCUCAUUGCAUGUGACCAAUAUAUAAUCAUCUUCCCAUUUUAUAUCAUCAAAAAUUUGUAAAAUAUGCAUAGUGUCCUUUAGGUAUGAAGGAAUUUUUAUUACUACUGGUUGGAUAUUGGUUACUUUAUUAUUAUUAUUAUUAUUAUUAUUAUUAUUAUUAUUAUUAUUAUAUGAAACCAUAUAUUCAUAUAAGCAGGCUGAACUGUAUCCAUGUGGAGCUGCUGCAAUCCUGGUGGACACAAAGGGAUAAGCCUCCUCGUGGAAUUAGCUGGGAAAAACUAGAAAAACCCACUUAUUGAGCAAGUAUAUUUAUUUUCUAUAGUGAAUAACAUUCAGGGCCUUAAAGGCCAUAGUCUAUUCAGGUGCUCAACCAAGGACCAGGACCUGCUUAGAGAAAUUAAAUGCUCUAAAAAGAUAUCCAGAAAUCAGAAAAAAAUUACCAUACAUUUCAGACUAGGCCUUCUGACCAGACUGAAACAUCUUAGAUGUUCCUUCAUGUGGCAGCGCUAGGAGGAAGUGAAUACACAUCACUUCCUCUCUGUGCUCAGCCACAUGAGAGUACAAAGCAGGUAACCUGUUCUGGCAGCUUUGACUGGCUGCCAGAGGAGCCACCCUCCUACAAACGAAGGGUAUCCUACUUUUGGGAACAUCAGGCAACUGUCCUCAAAAUAGUGCAAGAGCAUCAUUAGACAGCAUUGGGACCAUGCAUAAAUCACUGAAAAAGUUGUCCCCUCUUAGUCUGCCUUUGCUUGGUUGUGUGAUUGUCAGGCAGCCUGGCACGCAGGUGCUUAUCGGCCAGUUUUUUGGGAGUGUCUGCUCCUUUUAGGAAGCGCCAGUGAAGUGAUUUGCAUUACUGACUCACUCCAUUUUAUCCCUCCCACGGCAUUCCAAUUCACGAGAUGCCAAUUUUGGGAAGCAUGGAAACAUGACCAUGGCUAAACAUUUUCAAAUUUUUUUUAGUGUUGAUUAAUGCAUGUCUGCGUAUGUGCAGAUGGGAAUGUGUGUAUGUGAGUUGUAUGUAAAAAGUUCUGUGAUUUCUGAUGACAGCCAUGCAAAUAUAAAUAUUUAUACCCAUCCGGGUUAUUCACUAAACUGUGAUUUGCUUGGAAACCAUUUGGAACGUUUUAGACAAAAUAACCAAGCUUUAAAUAUAGUUGAAGUUUAGCUUUUUUUUUUUUUAGUUUGCAUAUGAAUUCCAACAAUCCCUAUUUAAGAGGAUAACUGCACAUAUUUUUGUUAUACAUAAACAGUUUAUUUUUUAAAUCUUUAUUUUUGCUGUGCAUAAUUUAAAAUAUAAGCUUUUUAUGCCACAACAAUAAUAAGUGGCAUAGAAACAGACAAAACAAAGUAUUAGCAUGGCAUUUAGAGAGACUGCACAUUUUUGUGUUAACAAUGAUUGGCUAGUAAGAGUUAAGUCCUUAGGUAGUUAAAGGACCACUAUAGGCACCCAGACCACUUCAGCUUAAUGAAGUGGUCUGGGUGCCAGGUCCAGCUAGGUUUAGCCCUUUUUUCUAUAAACAUAGCAGCUUCAGAGAAACUGCUAUGUUUAUAAUUGGGUUAAUCCAGCCUCUAGUGGCUGUCUCACUGAAAGCAGUAAGGGGCGCUUCCGCGCUUCUCACUGUGAUUUUCAAAGUGAGAAGACGCCAGCGUCCAUAGGAAAGCAUUGUGAAUGCUUUCCUAUGGACUGGCUGAAUGCACGCGCGGCUCAUACCACGCAUGCGCAUUCAGCCAAGGAGGAGAGUCCCCCACCCGGCACUGGAGAAAGAGGUAAAUUUAACCUUCCUCACUAUAUAGCCUGAGGGUGGGGGCACCCUCAGGGCAUUAUAGUGCCAGGAAAAACUAGUAUGUUUUCCUGGCACUAUAGUGGUCCUUUAAGGCAAGACGCAUUUAAAUCUGGCUGUACGGACUGACAAGAGAUCGUUAUAAGAAAGAAAAAUAUUUAUGUGAGUACUAAUUAAACAACAAGUAUAUGCACUGCCUGUAGUUCAAUUGCUAAAAUAAAGGUAGGCUCUGACACACACACACUCACACACUAUGAGGAGCAAGAGAAAAGAAAAGGGGGGUGGAAAAAAAACCCUGAAUGGAGAUGAACAGUGUGUUGCAUUUUAGUCGCUUGAUGUGGAGCCUACAGCAGUCCGGCUAGAUAGAGGAAGACUAUACACCUCUGGAAGGAUGGAGGUUUUGCGAUACUGAGCAGGCCCAUCGAGCAGACAGUCAACCAAUUCCCUCACGGGGCUUGUGUCGCAUGUAGAAUUUUAUAGUACACUGAAGUAAGCAGAACGGUGAAACAGAAGUGGGAAACUCCUCCUGUGUCUGUGCGAGAGCCGGUUCCUUCCUGCCACGGACCUGGUGACUUAUAUAGAGCAGGUUCCUCCAGUCCGGGAUGAUGCGGUGAGUGGCUUGUGUGGGUCACUUGCAUUGUAUAGCUUUCCGCCUGCGUGGUCGGUACGUUGAGAUCAGAACCCUAUUCGCUCUUAGCCUGUGGAGGCAAAGGACUUGAGAGACCGAGGCUUUCAACUUCGAUGCACCCUUGAGAAGCUUCCCAAUUAUCUUCCUUGCUGCACCUCAACUCUCCUCCUGGUGAGUUAUUUUUCGCGGUUACUUGUUUCAUGCGCCACGUCUUCCGCUCCAGAUUGAGCUGUAAUUCGUAAACGCCAGGAUCCUCGUUAAGUAGCUUCUUCCGGGGGAAAAGUCCAGUCCAUGGUUAGCCCAGAUAUGGUCUGCAAAAUAUAAAAAGGUAACGAUAAAAGUUGCACCAAAAAAUGUAUACAAAUAUAAACGUGCAAAGACACUGAAUGAUAUGAGUAACCAAUAAAAUAACCAGGGUUAAUAUGGGUAACAAUAGAUGACAAUGAGUGGUAGUCAAUAAUAAAAUUAAAAAGACUCCUAGUGCACACUUGCCAGAGAGACAACCAACAGUCUGUUAGAAGGAAUAUUCUUUGACGGAGCCUGAUCAAAAAGAUAGUUCUUGGAAUCCGUAUGUGGAAACAAAGAAAAUAUAAUAGUUUAUUAAAUCCUAAUAAAAGAUGAUAUUCAUAAAUCAAAGGAUCUGAUGUAGUCCUACUCACGUAUAAUAGAGCUUAAAACCAGCUCUAGUAUGAAUACAGCCUACAGUGGUACAAUCCCCACUUACAGGAUACGUGAAGAGGUGUGAAUGUCACAGCAAUGUGAAGACCAUAAAAGGGUUAAAAAGAAACCAGAAAUAGUGCUCACUGUAUAAAAGAUGAUAGGAGUAUAAAUGAUAAAAUGGUUACUCACAGGCGGACUGCUCCAUGAAUUAGACGUAAGUGGUAUAAUCCCCACCUGGGAUGUUUUUGGAGUAAUACUUAACUGGAACAGUAAAAUUUGGUUACCAGGUAGUUGUAGUAAUAAAAGAAAAUAAUAGCAAAAAAGCAAUAAAAGAGUAAAAUGGCACAAUCGCUUGAUAAAAGGAGCCAAAAUACCUUUGUUGAUACACAAUAUUAAAAUAUCCACAACGCGUUUCACCUCUUGGGCUUUCUCAAGUGGAGAUAAAAAAAAAAACCCUGUCGGUUGUCUCUCAGGCAGGUUUGCACUAGGACUCCUUUUAUAUUUUAUUAUUGACUACCACUCGUCAACUUUUGUUACCCAUAUUAACCCUGGUUAUUUUAUUGGUUCCUCUUAUAUCUUUCAGUGUCAUUGCACGUUUAUAUUUGUAUACAUUUUUUUGCGCAACCUUUUCUCUCUUUACCUUUUUGUACUACUCCUAUUAGUAGGGCUUAGAGGGAGCCCUACCACUUUAAGGUUUGCUGCCUUUACAUUAUAUUAUGUUGUCUUUAGAUUUUUGGUUAUUUUAGCGCUGAUCCUUCAGUUGUAAAUUUUUCCCAUUUACCUAAUUUAUUUAUUCCAUGAAUUCAAAACUGCAUUGUAAAGUACAGGCUCUGAUCAAAUAGUUGGGUGUUAAUUUGCAGUUUAUUGUAAAAACAGAGCAUUUUUAUAGAGCAUUUUUCUAGAGUGCAUAAUUAUAUUACGCUAGGCAAAGAGCUGGAAGAUGUAUGAUUUAACAUUUAUUUAAAUAUAAUUUUUUAAGCAUUUUACAUCAAUUACAUAAUCAACAGAUUCUCAAUCAUCCACUCUUCCCCAUAUUAUUCUAUCUAUAAUUCAUGCCCGACAUUGUUGGAUGCAGCAAAUUUUGGAGCAUCCUGCGGGUGCUAUGUUCGAGGAGAGAGAACAAACCUGCAGAGAAGUAUAUUGUAGUCUAUAAAUAUGCUUCUGAUGUUGCCAGCAAAAUGUAUAUAUUACAUUUAAAUACUACCCCGAAGCAGGCGUUUCUCCAGGGGUGGCAUGUCGUCAUUAAGCAACGGAAGAAAAAUCCACAAGUUAGAGGCAACAAAUGGAAAAUAAUAAAAUAUAAAAUCAAAUGUUAUACUAAAAUUGCUAAUCUAUACAUACACUUUAUUAGAGAGUCGUUUUUUUGUUUUUUGUUUUUUUUCAAAUUUAGCAGCAAUGGCCUAACAUUUGUGAUAACUGUAAAUGUUUCAUGUAAACACAGAGAUCGUCCACUAAAGAUAUAUAAUAAAAGUAAAAUUAAUAAAUAUCGUGUGUGUGUGUGUGUGUGUGUGUGUGUGUGUGUGUGUGUGUGUGUGUGUAUAUAUAUAUAUAUAUAUAUAUAUCGUAAAACAAACCGUACACUGUUGCAUACUGCAUGUAAAAUAUAUAGGUAUAUGCAUCAUGCAAAGAGAAUACCUACAAGUUGUUGUUGUUUUUUUUUUUUUUCUCUAAACAUUUAUUUCUUUAGAACUCACCAGGAAAAUGCAAAUUUAAGGCCAGAAAACUGAUCUGAUUAUCUGAUAACCUCCAAAUUUAGGAUUUAUUUCUAAAUCAUCUUUUUGGGCAUAAAAUGUUCAAUUCCUGAACACUCUAUAGGAUUGCAAGAUUUCUUGAUUGUAAAAAUGAAUGUCUAGAUAGAAACAUUUCUCAAAAACCUCUGAAAAUAUGAAGGCUGCAGUCAAACCGUAGAAGAGAACCUUCUUUUUUAGUUCCUAUGGGGAGAAAGAGGUGCCGAACACUGCAUUUCACAAGACAGACAGAGCACGUAUAUAGUAUUACAUGCCCGCUUUUCAAAAUGGUCCCACCUGCUUCUUGGCUGAAACUGUUUCUUCUAACUUAGCAGAGCUAUGCGAUACCUUUUGCCUUAGACUGUCCCUUACCUUACCCCACAAAGAGAAAAGCACAGAUCCAUAUGUUCUGGACCCAUCAAGGUUCACACAUAAGCAGAUUACAAACAUUUGAUUUUCUUUUUUUAAUCUUCCCUAUAAAAUGAGCAUGUUUUUAUUAUAAUUGACUCAUACAUUUCUACCUCUUAACACUUUGAAUAUUGCUCCUGCAAUCCUGAGUCCCAAGUGGUAAUUGUGCCAAGCCCCCCUCCUUUUACCAUCCUCCAGGAACAAAUAUUGUCAAAAUGUCCUCUCUUUCUCAGCCACCCAGCCUCUAAUGUUGACAAGACCCACUUCCUAGUCCAGACACCAGAAACCUUUAUAGAUGGCAAAUGGUCAAGGUGAUUCUAGCCAGGGUGACCAGAUAAUUUUGUCAUAUUUCUGAAAACGGUUGCCGUGCAUAUUCUGCAGGAUUCCUCAUUGUCUAAUUGCUUAAUUGAAUACACCUUCUGAAUUCUACAUUUUACAGGGCAUUAAUAUGUAUAUGCGAUCAUGUGUCCCAGAAAACAUGGGGGAUCUGGUCACCCUGAUUAUAGCCCAAUACUCAAACAGUACAAGAAAAAUAAUUAUUACCGGAGCUUAGACCGGGCUAACGUUCUAAGAGUGGGUAGUUAGAGCCAGGUCGGUGUCAAGGAUUUCAGAGAAGCAGAAGGUUUGGGAGCGUGCCAAGUCAGAGAAAACAGUUUUGAAUAAGCAAGGAACAGAGCAGAGUCAAAAAACAGAAACGGGAAUCACUAAGAAAACACAUUUUUGUGUAACAAAGACCACGACAGGGCAAGGAGCAAACAUGAUCUUAAAGUGUCAAUAUGGACACAUUUGGCUAACAUCACACAUGACACUGAAGCAUAAGGGAGCUUUGUUGCUGUAAUGAACUGAAUCUCUACUGUGCCAGAAAAUCACACUGAUUCAAGAAGGAAAUUUAAAAAAUAAACUGACGCCGGAGUAAUGUUUAGUGUCAAUUUGUGUGCCAUGGUGGCCUUCAGAUUAAAGUUGAUAGGAUAAAGGGACCAUAUAGUCACCGGAACCACUACAGCUUUAUGUAGUUGUUCUGGUGUUCAUGCAGGCUUUUUAAUGUGAAAAGGCAGUGUUUACAUUACUGCAGAGUAACACCUGUAGUGGCCUUUGCUCAGACGGCCACUUGAGGUGCUUUCUGGGUCAGUGCUGCACAGUGUGUAGCACUGAUGUUCAGCAUCUCCCUGCUCUGCACAGAGACACUUAACUUUCCCCAUAGAGAUGCAUUGAUUCUAUGCAUAUCUCUGAGGAGAUGCUGAUUGGUGCAGAGCGGCCUUUUGCCUUGUGUGCAUUUCCUAAAGGAAAGCAUUGGAUUGGCAGUGCGUGUCAGUUGUGCAGUUCUCUGCCAAGGAGGUGGUAGCGGGGAUGGAACCAGCUGUGGAGAAACCUGCGUGGUGCUGGAAUUUGAUCUUUAUAAAACAAACUGCAUUAUUACCAAUAUACAACCAUGUAAACUGAAGUGCAAGUAUACAUAUCUUCUUAUGGAAAUAAGGGGGAGGGGAUCUUAAAAUCCCUGAUUAUAUAACAUUUGAGUAAUAUUCAUUUCAAAUUAAUGCGAGAAUUUAUUUAACAAUGAUCAUCAUUUUUAGAUUGUUUGAGCAGGGCCUUGUUCACCUCUCGUCUCCGUCAAUAUCAUUUAGUACGUAAGUUAUCUGUUGUCCCCAUUCUAUAUUUGUAACGCACUGCAGAAAAUAUUGGCACUAUGUAAAUGUUAAUAAUAAUUAUACUUCUCUUAUCUGGAACUCAUGAAUAAUGCAUACAUGUAUCACGUCAUGGAUAAUUCUUUAUGGAUGUAAAUCAAACAUUGUGGCCAUGUGUGUCUUUUUCAUUCUUCCCAUUCCUUUUUCUUUUCUUUUUCCUCUUUUUAUUUUUGCCACCUUUUCCAUACAAUGGAUGAGAAGGGAACAUGGGCUCUAGUGGAUGUUCUAUACUGUGUAUUUAUUUAUUUAUUAUAUAUAUUUUUGCUAAAACAUAUGUGCCAGACUGACUGACUGGAUCACGCUUUAUGACAUGCGGGUUUAAUUUUGGUGUCUCUAAAAGUGUCCCUUGAACCAAAAGAGAGAAAAUUUACAAUGAUUGGGGACAUGUCCCUAGGUGCAACCAGGAAUGAAAGAGGAAUCAAGAAAUACUAGUUGAUUUGUAUGGGCUGUUUGCAGGUCUAGAAAAUGAAACCUAUAAAAAACAAAAGUAAAAGUGAUUUGUUAAAAAUGUAACCUGAUUAAUAGAUCCAUUUAUUAACUGAAAUAAAAUAUUCACAUGUGACAGAUUGGCCUUAUACCCCAUUAACAUUUAGGGGAAUUGUGUUAGUCCUAACCUGUUGGUCGAGGAGGUGUUAAAAAACCUCCUCCAAAAAGUAAACUUCUAAUGAUAUACAGAACUUUCCUACCUGUUCAAAGACUUUGUUGAUAAAGGUAUAGAUAUCUGACAUCCUUGCUUUAAAUGGACUGUGCUUGUAAAACUCCCAAAUCCAUGAAUUGCAUCAUGAAAACCAUCUUUUUAUGAUGCAAAAAAACUAUUUAUGUAUUUUUAUUUAAUUUUUAAAUCCAUUUAUUCAUAUGUAUGUUUUAUAUAACGUCAAUAUAAGGAUUUUGCUACCAAGUAGAUGUCUUACACAUUGCUAAUAAAUUGUAUUUGUUUAGAUGGCGAACCCUGUCCUCUGUAGGUCAGCGCAUUCCAGGAUCUCGAUUUAUCGCCUUUAAAGUACCGUUGAAAGGGGUAAGUUGUAGAACAGUAGAGCUGUAGACGUUCCAUAAUAUAUUCUUACAGGGCUAUUCAAUAAAGUGAGAAUUCAAGGUGAAUUUCAAAUUUAAAGCCAGCGUAGUUGAAGUGAAAGCAUUGCUGACCAAGAACAUUUUCACAGUUUUACUUUUGACCUUUAAUUAAAAUUUCACUUUGUAUUCUCACUUUGGUGAAUAUCCCUGUUGAUAGAUGUAUUGUGAUAUAUAUAUAUUUUUUUUAAAUGUAUUUAAUUUUUUCAUUUGAUUUUUACAUUAAAUCUUUAACUUGUGUUAACUGCCUCUUGAUUUAGCCGUGCACAAAGUUAUGUCUUUGAAUUGGUUAUAUUUCGUCACAGGGAUGAAUUUUAAGCUAUUGUUCCAUGCAAUAUUUAGAUAUGUCUGGACCCUGCAAUAAUAAUAAAUAAAUAAAACCGAGCCAGCUCAAAGCUCGAGAGUUUAUUUACCAAAAGCUGUGAUUUGAAAUCAGAAUCACAUUAGCUUACUUUUACAAUUUGGGUUUUAUUGUAAUUCACUGUGAUUUGAUUCACUGCAAUCUGUUUGAUUUACCAAAACCUAACUCUUUUCAACCACAUAUCUUGUUUUUGGUCCAUGUUUGUAUAUUAUGCCUUUCAAUAAUGCUAACAUUUUUCUUUUGUAUUAUAUUUCUUAUCCUAGAUCACAAACCAGCGUGUUACUAAAAACCAGAAGUUUACUCCCAAAGACUUGCUAAAUGAGGUUCGAGUUCAAAACCAAGAGCUCGGGUUGAUAAUCGAUUUAACAAACACAGAGCGAUACUAUACAAUUAAGGUACCAAUCAAACUGCUUAAUUUUCUAAAAUAAAAGUUCAAUAGUUAAAUGCUUUCUUUUUUCCCCCAUUAUUUUCUCAUUCUCAAUGCUAUUUAACAAUGUGUUCACUUAUUUUAUAUUCACUGCUUCUAUUUCCCCCUCAUUUGAAGGAUUUACCUAAAAGUGUUCAGUAUGUAAAAAUGCACACCGCUGGUCUGAAGAUACCAGACGACUCUACAAUUCACCAGUUCAAGAGAAUUGUGAGAAGAUUUAUUUGGAAUAAUACUGAAAACGGUAAUCCUUUUUUCUUAACUAAGUAGUAGUAGUAGUAUUUUGUCCUAUGAACCACUUUGCAGAUGGCACUUUUGUUGUGUAGACCAAAAUGUAUUUCUUUAAAAUAGAUUACUAGAUUAGAUUACUGGGCACCAAAGAAACAAAAAAGCCUUUAACAGCGUAAUUGAAUUUAUCUGUAAUCUAUCGCUGGGACAGACUCCUCACUGUGGCCUAAUAUUCGUCCAAUGAAGUCUUGAAAACUCAUGAUGUUUGUCAUAUCCGAUGCUUCUCAUUGAGAUGCACUGAGGUCACUUCUCAAUCAUAUGCACUUUAAAAGCCGCAAUCCACAAUGAUGCUUCUGAAUGAAAAUGAAUAAGUGUUCAGUGGUAACUGCACUGUUUACAACAGCAAUUAUGAAGUCAUGUUGGUGCUUAGCGUGUCCCUUUCAAUAAACUCUUGUCUAUAUAUUGGCAAGUAAUGUUUGUUGGCAAAUAACAUGUGUAAAGUGAUAUACUAUGACUGUGAGGUGUCCUUAUGGAAGAUACACGUUUAUGUUGCCUGUUUAACAAGCAAGGAAUUUGUUUAAGACGAAGAUAAAAUUGCAUGCAUUUGUUUCCUUGUCAGAUAUUGCUGUAAAAAAGUAAUACAUACACAAAAUGUGACUCAACUGACAAACAAACCUGGAUCUUGCAGUCAGAUUUUUCAAAAUGUGUAAUUUAUUUGUCCUCUUCUUUGACCAGUGUCAGAUUAUUUUUCUAAUUAUGGUAUAAUGCAGUUGAAAUAUAUUUAUAAACGUAUAUAUUUCAUUUUUUUGUCGUUUUUAGAUAAACUUAUUGGAGUUCAUUGUACAACUGGAAUUAACAGAACUGGCUACCUUAUCUGCAGGUAAUGGCAUUUAAAUAUACAUUUGUACGGAUGUUUUUUUUUUUUCAGUAGCAGCAUUUUCUAUAUAGUAUUAAUCAUUAUUUUAUCAUGGUUUUUAGGUACUUGAUUGAUGUCGAUGGAUGGGAUCCUGAAACUGCUAUUAGUAGUAUGUAUAGUAAUCUACUCAAAAACUGAAAUGUCUCAAUUCCAUUCUGAAUUUUUAUUUUUUUAUUUUUUUUUUGUUAGAGGGUUUGUUUUAUUUAUUUAUUAAUUUCUUGUCCAGCUUUUUCUCAGUGUCGUGGUCACCCAAUCGAGGGAAAUGUUUAUCUUGAUGACCUUGUCAAAGGAGCCACCAGAAGGUGAGCUUAUAUAUUAUUUCAAAAUCAAUUCUGUUAUUGUAGAAGAUGCUUCCAUCAAUCAAUCAAUCAAAGUUGUCAAUCAGACUUGUAAACCUUUCAGUUCCCGGUUAAUGUGCUCCUCAUUGCCAUAUCAGGCAACUUGAGUGGGAAUAGCUGAAACGGAACAAGGGUUGAUGUGCAGGAAGUACAGGCAGAUGUAGGUGGAAAGUAGUGAUGUUGAUGACAGUAGAUUAGAACAUGAAAAUAGAAUGCCUAUGCACCUACAAGCGGUUCUGUUGAGAAGACUUUAUAGAGCAUAGGCGUUCUUUUUUCAAGUACUACAUUUGGGUUUCACCUACCCAGCCUAGCCGCACUCAAGUUGGUUUAUUAUGAAAGACUGUGCGUUCCCUAUUUUGCAUUUGGGUAUAGCAGGAGAUGGCUUCAUGCUAAACACCAUUUACAUAAAAUGAGUGGUAUGCCAGAAACACAGUGCUGUUGUUGGUGAAAUGUGAUGGUUACCUUUUUUUUUUUUUUUUCUACUCUAGUAAUCUCGGCAUAGACCAGCCUCCAACUGAUGACAUCAUAGGCCCUCUUAGAAAGGAGCGUGAAGAUCAGGCAGUAGAGGAAGAGGAGAGGUAAAGCAUACAAAGAGUUAGUUUGUCGUAAAAUGGGAGGACAUUAAAAAGUGUCCGUUAAAUAUCUUGUUUUCCCUGCGAUAAUUAAUGUUAAAAGAUGCGUAGGUGUUUUUUAUUUUAAAGGAACAUUAUAGUGUCAGGAAUACAAACAUGUAUAGUGGUGGUGUGACUGCAUAGGUAACCGGCUCCCCUCCGAUCUCAGUAAAAAGUUGAUUCUACUCACCUUUUCUGCCACACUGUGCCAGUUUCGAUGCGGCUGACUUCACCUUCAUGGCUGAGAUUAUCAAUUUUGACAAUCUCAGCCAAUCCCAUAGGAAAGCAUCGGGAGUCUAUUGUGCAUGUGCGGCAAAACGCUGCACUGCGCCAAUCAACAUCUCCUCAUAGAGGUGCAUUGAAUCAGUUCUUCUGUAUGAGGAACCUGCAGCAUCCUCAAGCAGAGUGUGGAAAUGCUGAAUGCCAGUGCUGCACACUGUGGAGCACUGGACUAGAAAACAACACUAGAGGUGUUACUAGGCAGCAAUGUAAAAACUGCCCUUUCUCUGAAAAAGCAGCGUUUACUUUUAAAAGCCUACUGGGAACAGGCCUUAGAAACCAGAACAACUACAUUAAGCUGUAGUGGUUCUGGGGAUUAUAGUGUCCCUUUAAAGUUAAUAAAAAUAGGACAGGACAAAAUCUACCACUAAUUACUUUUGUGUUUUUGGAUGAAGUCCUAAUCAAUUAGACUGAAUGUCAUACGCUGCAUGAUCUAGGUUUGUCAGGAUUACUAGUUGAUCCAGCACGCAGAAAUAGUAUCACACCUACGAUUAAGGAUAACGCCUAACCGGACCUUAGAAUGGCCGGACUUAACGUACCCAAGAAUAGUCAAAAUACUUGCCGAGGUCAAGGACACAGAAUGAGAUGAUGAGGGAAAGCCAAAGGUCAAGGAUACCAGAAAUCAGGGAAGUCAAAAUGAAGCCAAAGUCAAAAACCAAAUAAUACAAUCAGGAACACACUCUCGGAUAACCAGCAAAGGGAAACCACGACAGGGCACUGACAGAAAGGUAAUUUUGGUUUACAUACCCCUCCUUUGGCUGUAAUUGGCUGCCUCUGACCCCAAAAUGUGCAUGUGUGUAUGUCGUGACGUCGCACGCACGUUGGUGCCAUCUUUGGUUUUUUGGUGUGGGCGACAGUAAGUUUAUUACAAAAAUCCAAACCGCAGCGGUUGGUGCUCCUAAGAGCAUCACACUUGCUUGGGAUUGGACCGGAGGGAGGUCGGGCAGUGAUCUGCCGCAAACAAGGUAAGUAAAAUUUGCUACUGUCGGCCUGGUUGCUUACUUUAUGUGCAACCACGCCGACCGAAUCACCGGGAGCCGUGACAAGGUUUUGUUUUUGGCAUGCACAGCCAAAAGGGAUUGGAUUGAAAAAUACAACUUUUGCUAAAUCACUUACUCCAAAGGCAACAUGGUGUGGUGCAAUACAGAAUAAGUUUCUUACGGCUUAAACCUUGAUGCCAAUACUUAUGCAAUUUAUGCUCUACUGAUCCUAGUAAAUCUUUCCUGUAUUGCAUCACAACGUGAUGCAUUUGGAGUAAGUGAUUUUGAAGAUUUCUGACGGACUGCGGACCCCUUCCACAGUGCUCAGGUGUGGCAGCAGCUAUUAUCAAUUUACCAGUAUGCAACUCUACCUUUGGAUUAGACAUACAACAUUAGCAGCAAGACUUAAUGUUAGCUUGAUACGUGUUGGCAAAUGUCACUUUUAAGGCAUGUGCAUGUUUUUCAUUUGAAAAGUCAUUGAUUUUGUUAAUGAUGGCCAUUUGGAGGGAUACAUUGUUAGGGAUGCUGUGGAUUAAAGGUUUAAGUACAAGAAGAGAGAUAAUGUAAGUGUAAAUAUGGCAUAAUUGGACUGCAGGCUACUAUAAGCCAUCAAUUGUAUAACAGACAAUUGGAGACAGUAAGAUACUCUUAAAAUACAUGUCUAGCAGACUAGGGAAUCCAUCAUGCUUGAGUUGCCAUAAUUUGAACUCCCAGCUGCAAAUGGAUUAAAAACAAUAGUAUAGUAUUUUAAGACACUAUUAAAUAGAGAAGUCAAAAUGCUCUGUCCAUUUAUACAACAAUAAUUUUAAAAUUAUACAGACUUAGCCUUAAACUUCUAAAAUAGGUCGUUUUAGUCCUGCAAGGUAAUCAUUGUAGUUUCUAAAAAGCUGCAAUGGUUUACAUUGCAGGACUAAGUGCAAUAGGGACACUGCAUCCAGACCACUUAAAUGAGCUGAUGUCAUCUGGGUUCCUAUCGCGUCCAUUUAAGUGAUGUAUUCUGGAAAAGUUAUCUUAUAGUCUUACUUUAUUAUUUUAUACCAGAGUCUCAGGUGUGGCCACUAACUACCUUCUGUUUUAGAGUCCCUGAGCAUCAUUUAAAUAAUUUAUUGUAUUGCAAUUAAACUUACUGAAUAAUUUUGACUUCUUUUUUUUUUUUUUCUGUGUAAGUUUCAAACUUACAUAUUCAUUUCUUGACAGAAAUCAUCCAUACUCAGAAGACAGGCGUAAAGCUGUUGAAGCUUUUUUGGAAGCGAGAAGGAGGACAGAACGCCAAAAGGUUGCGUGGAAAAUGGCAGCUGAGAAACAACUUAAAGAGGAUUUCGGUGACUUUGAUGCACGUAAUGAAAUGCAAGACUUUGAUGCACGUAAUGAAAUGAAAGAGCUAAGGCAAGUGCCAAUAACAAUGAGAGCCAGAUCACCGGAUUAUCGUGAUAUUGACUUCCUUAAUGCUAUGUCUGGACCCAGAGAGAGACCUUUUCCACCACACGAGGAAAUUGAUGAUCAUGAAUUUCCUGUGCCAUUUGAACACAGGGAGAGAUUCUUCCAUGGCAGUAUGCUUGAUGAAGAGAUGAUGCAUCCUGAAGAGUAUAGGAGAAUGCAAUUUGAAAAAAGGCGAGAAAUGAGAGGGCCUCAUCCAAUGGAAUUUGAAGCUGAAAUGUUCAUGGAAGAUCAUGAUUGUUAUGACAUAGGACCAAGAGAGAUGCCAAGACCUGCUCAUGGUAGGCAACCUGAUAUGUCACGAGAAAGCUUGGGUUAUGAUGAUAUCAGACAAAGGGGUAGGUUUGGCAAACAUCCUGGUUUGCAUAUGUAUCCUGAAGAAGAAGACUUUGAAAAUGGGCCAGGUGGACCAAUGCCUCGGCCUUACCCUGGACCAUUUCGGCAUGGUGGACCGAAUUUAGACAAUGAUGAUAUUGAUGAAAUGGAAGCUAGACAUAGGUUUGAACGAAAUCAAGCUUUGAAAUCCCAGGCUAUUAUGGAAAUGGAAGAGCGCCAUCCCUUUGAUGACCAUGGAUUUCACCCAAGAGAGGCUGCACAUAUGCCUGGACCAAUGCGUGGCCGACCAAUGGAUGGCCCAGUCAAUGAAAGGAUGCGCCCAAUGGGUGAAGGGAUGCGCCCAAUGGGUGAAGGGAUGCGCCCAAUGGGUGAAGGGAUGCAUCCCAUGGAUGAACGCAUGCCCCCUAUGAGUGAUGGGAUGCGUCCAAUAGGAGAAAGAAUGCACCCUAUGGCCAAACGUAUGCAUCACAUGGAUGAACAGAUGCUUCCUAUGGAAGAACGUAUGCAUCCGAUGGCCAAACGCAUGCAUCCCAUGGAUGAACAGAUGCAUCCCAUGGGCAAACGUAUACGCCCCAUGGAAGAAAGGAUGCAUCCUAUGGAUGAACGCAUGCGUCAUAUGGAUGAAAGAAUGCACCCUAUGGACGAACGUAUGCGGCCCAUGGAUGAAAGAAUGCACCCAAUGGAUGAACAGAUGCAUCCCAUGGGCAAACGUAUACGCCCCAUGGAUGAAAGAAUAGGCCCUGUCAGUGAAGUGAUGCUCCCCAAAGAUGCUCGUCUUUCAAUGAACAAACCCAAUGUGAUUCCAGGCCCAAUGAGAAAUGAUCCAAUGAACGAACGCAUGCCAAGGUACUAUACAUAGUGUUUAUCAAAUAAGUUAAAUCAAUAUAAAUGCCAAUUGCUAUGUAAAUUACUUGCAUACCCAAGUAGAGCAUCUUCUUAUCAGGCAGGCAAAUUUACAAGUUAGCAAGGCAAUUAAUAAUAAUAAUUAUUAUUAUGAUAUUUAUAUAGCGCCAUCAAAUUCCCUAGCGCUUUACAAUGGGUGGAUGAACAGACAUGUAGUUGUAACCAGACAAGUUGGACACAGAGGGGUUGAGGGCCCUGCUCAAUGAGCUUACAUGCUAGAGGAAGUGGGGUAAAAUGACACAAAAAGGUAAGGAUAGUAUUAGACUAGUGACAGUUGCAGAAGAGGAAUCAGUCAGGAGUUAUUAACAAUUCAAUUGAUACGCUUUUAUGAAGAAGUGGGUUUUUAACGAUUUUUUGAAGAAGUGGAGACUGGGUGAGCAUCUAACAGAGGAGGCAAGCGAGUUCCACAGGAAUGGUGCAGCCCUCGAGAAAUCUUGAAGGCGAGCAUCAGAGGUGGGAGUACGGACAGAAGAUAGACAUAAGUCUUCAGCAGAUUGUAAGGGCCUAGACGGGACAUACUUGUGUAUAAGGGAGGUUAGAUAGGUAGGAGCAGCAUUAUGUAGCGAUUUGAAAGCAAGAACCAGAAUUUUAAAUUGAGCUCUAUAUUUUAUAGGAAGCCAAUGUAGGGACUGACAGAAGGGUGAGGCAUGGGAGGUGCGGGCGGACAGGAAGAUGAGCCUCGCCGCUGCAUUCAUUAUGGACUGUAACGGUGCAAGUUGGGAGCACGUAAGACCACUGAGAAGCGGAUUACAGUAGUCAAGGCGAGAAAGGACAGUGGAAUGGACCAACACCUUAGUCGCAUCUGGCGUUAAGUAGGGGCGGAUGCGCGCAAUGUUUUUGAGAUGGAAAUGACAGGAUUUGGUGAUAGAUUGAACAUGAGGCUUGAAGGAGAGGUUGGAGUCAAAGAGAACACCUAGGCAACGAGUUUGCGUGGUGGAGCUGAUGGUAGCACUGUUGACUUGGAGGGAGACAGACACAGGAGUAACAACAUUUGAGGGAGUAAAGACCAGAAUUUCAGUUUUGGUCAAGUUUAGUUUAAAGAAGUGGGCAGCCAUCCAGUUAGAAACAACAGAGAGGCAGUCAGAUACACUAGUCAAGAGGGAAGGGGAGAGAUCAGGAGAGGACAGGUAGAUUUGCGUGUCAUCUGCAUAGAAAUGAUAUUGGAAGCCAAAGAAGCUAAUGAGUAUUAUAAUAAUAAUAAUUCUAGAAAUCUACAUUUAUUUUUUUGAAAUUUUAUUUGUUUACUGAAAUUUGCUUUCAUGAACAAUUGUAUCAAAUUAUACUGUUUAGCCACCAGGAUAUUUAGUUUUUUGGCCUCCAUGUUUUUUGUUUUUUUUUAUAUGCACCUGAGUGGAUUUUUUUUUAGCCACCCACAUUAUUCAUAGCACGAGACAAAAGCCGUCUGGUCUUGGUAAAUAUGAAUUUUUAAAUGAAAGGAGUUUAUUCUAGCUCAAUGAAAAAAGACAUGCAUAAUGUUUUGCUUAGAGUGUGACUUGAAUGCAAGCAUUAUUUUGCCUUACACUAAGAAAUGCUAGCUUUAAACCCAGCAGUUUUGUAAUUGGUGACCACUUUCUAUUUUUUUUUUUUUUUUUUUGGUGCCUAAAGCAAAAUAUAAAAUUGUGUGGUUGCACUCUAUAGAUAAGCACAUUUAAUUGAUAAUCUGUGGUGGCCAGUUCCUGAAAAAUAGAUACCACUGCAUUUUUAAAUAUGUUGACAUAGAACUCUGUGAAUCUGUGCUGUGUUCAGCUACAUCAAGUAAAGCACAAUCACCCGCACCGAUGUCUUCUCGCAAACAACUGCACCUCACAUUACCAUAUUACACACUUACCACUGCUGAAGCAUAUAGUUGCCCACAAAGGCUGUUUCAAGAGUAGAAUCUCUUAAUUGACCCUUUGCUAUGACACAGAUGUUUGUAGGAUAGGUCUUGAUGACACAGAUAAGACCAGGAGCUUCAUUAAACAUUAAACUUCGAAGUUUCUGGUAGUAGCCAAGGUCCUACAAACUCAGUUGUAUACUGUAACUCACGUCUUCUUGAUAAUCAAGUAAUUUCUCCUUUUUUUCUUUUUCCUCCGCCUUUUCUUUGUCAGAUUGGCCGAAGGCAGGAAGACUAUGCCUCCCGAAGAAUUGAUGCAAGGAGUUAAAAGAUUUGCCCCUUAUCCUUCACAAAUGAAAGCUAUGCAGCCCAACAAGGAGAGGCCCGGACCACUUCCUACUACCUCGAUAAACUACAACUAUGGCAUGCCUAGUAGUAAUCAAAAUAAACAAAGUUACCCGUCACAGGCUUAUCCUCCAGCAAAAUUGUAUAAUUGAAUGUCUUUUUUUAUUGUUUGUGUGUCUAUCACAGGACAACAAAUUACAAAAAGCUAUUCACUAAAGUGUGAAUUGCCAGGAAUUCAAACUCCAUUUCAUAUUUGAGGCUAAAGUAGCCGAACAGAAAGCAUUGCUAACUUGGAGGGUUUGUACAGUUUGGUUAUUUUUCCAUUCCUGUCAACUCACACUUUACUAAAUAACCUUAAAAUAUACUUUUUGUUUGAUUUUGGUGAUCUAGCCAGGUGUAGUUAGUGAGUUAUUUGUAUAUUGUCAUAUUUCUGUUCUGGAAAACCAUACAAUUUGGUUGUUACUUCCAAAAAAAUUAUUUUGUUUGUUAGUUUCUUGCCUCUGUAAUGUUUUUUUUUUUUUGUUUGUUUCAAACCUCCCUUACAACAAAGUUUGGUUAAAGAAAUUUCUUUUUGUAAUAGUAGUUUUGCUAUAUAUGGAAGUGCAGUGCGAUGUUUUUAAAAAGAACUAUUCUCUAUGAAUGAUAGCAUUUUGACUCUACUGUUACCUUAUAUCUCCAAUAAAACAAAUGUGAUAAGUUUUGUUCCUGGAAUUGUGUUUUUAUCUAUAUUUCAUGCAUCUGAAUUCUCU